UAAUUUACCUAUUUGUUUUCUUUAGUAUCCUCUUAUGACACGGGGAACCAACGAUAUUGAAUAUUGAUAAACGAGGCGUAUGAAUCUCUGUGGAUUCGGGUCAAUUUUUCGUGAUAGGGUUCUCUAUAUUUUAUAGAGCUUGAAAGUUGUUGAUAUUAUCCAGUACAGUUUGUGCAUGGUGUUUAAGUUUAAAUUAAUUUAUUCGUUUUGACGAUUUUGUAUUAACUUUUAAUAUUGUUUGUGACGCGUACCUCUACACAAUGUGACACAACACUGACACCUGUUGCUUAUUUCGCUACGCGAAUUUUUGUUAUUAAAGUCGUUGCCGGGUGUCGCCCAUGAUAAUGGCUACUAUGGACAACAUACUCGUUGGUAAGUAAGAUCAUGUGAUGUUUUUCCAAACAUUGUGGUCGUCUUUCAGUCCAAUCUAGUUGUUUGGAGUGUUCCUUCUGAAAUUAUUCUGCACAUUAAUAUUUUAAUUUUAAUAUCUUAAUACUUAUUUUAGGCAUAACAUCUAUAGAUAUAGAUUUUUAAGGUACACAAAUUGUAGAUAUUAUAUAAUCUCACGUAAAUAUGAACAACUUUUGGGUGGUUAAAUACACAAGGUAUCUACAAUUUAUUUCCCUGAAUUACUAAAUAUCCAUUUUAAAUGUUAAUCAAUCACAGUAUUAUAUAAUUGGUAUAAAUAUAUUGCUUAUCUAUAAUUUAAUAUAGGUUGGUCGAUAUUUAUGUAUUAUUAUUCAAUAUUAAGGUAAAAGUUAAUUGUUAUUCUUUUAAAAAAGUACAAUCUACCUAGAUAGGCAUUUCUAUUUAAUAUCAUUCAAAUAGUUGAAUGAUCAUAAUUUGAAAUUUACUUUAGGAAAUAAGAAUAUUAUAUUUUCAAUGUAUUUCAUUGAUUUAAAUUUUGUAAAUAUACUUGAAAGUAUAUUUAUAGAAUUGUUUAAUUGAAUAAAAAAUGCAAUUUAAUAUUAUAUAUUUUCAACAUUUUAUCUUAGUCAUAAUAAAUAAUAAAACAUACAUUUUAGAUUCUGAGCAGAGUGAGUAAUGUAUUAGUUUUACAAUGAUGUUUCAUUUUUCUUUUUUUUCCACCAAUAAUGUUGCUCUGAUUUUUAAGUGUAGCACUUUUUUUGAAAAGAAAUUUGACUGGGAUGGUAGGUAUUUUUGGGAGGUCAUUUUUUAGCUUUUCAAAGGGUUUUCAUAAAAAACCAGGAGCAUUUAUGAAAUGUAUCAUUUUAAAAUCAUAAAUAUUACGGCCUUUAAAAACAUGUGUAACUGAACUCCGCUGAGAAUUAUUUUUCCUUAGCAUUGAUAUAUAUCGUUACAUACAGAUAUACACACAAUUUCCCCUCUACCUUCUCAACUUCUCACCUAUAACAGUGGCCCACCUAUUGCGUGAAGUAUGUCUUUAUCUUUUAGAUUCUGAGUGGAAUGAGGAAUGUAUUGGUUUUACAAUGAUGUUUAUUGUUAUUAUUUUUUAUUUUAUUAAAUUUUAUCUAAAUUUCAAAUGAAUAUUCAUUAGUCUACAUAAAUUAUCAAUUUUAUUUCAUAGUUUCUAUGAAUUUAAUAAUGUUUUUACCAAAAUAUAUCUACUUAAUAUUGUCUAAUGUAAUAAUAUCUUGCAUGUGUGUGAGUGUUGAAAAAUUAGUUGAAAAAUAAGUCAUUUUAAAUAUUCAUAAAUAAAAUAUCUUUGUUUAAAUUAUUAUCUAUUUCAUUUAUAUUAUCUGUAUAACAUAGAUGAACGUGAAGAUGUUCAAAAGAAAACAUUUACCAAAUGGAUAAAUUCACAAUUAUCAAAAGUGAGUUAUUACCUAAAUAGUAUUUGGUUAUUAUUUAUUUUUAAGAAAGAUUAUUUAACUAUAUAUUCAUAUUUAUAGGAAAAUCAUGAAGCUAUAUCAGACUUAUUUUUGGAUUUACAAAACGGCACAAAAUUACUUUAUUUAUUAGAAAUUUUAACUGGCACACAAAUUGUAAGUUAUUGUAUUUUACAUGACUAAUAACAUAUUGUUUCUAAUUUAUAUUUUUAUAGAAACCAGAAAAAGGAUGUAUGAGAGUUCAUCAUUUGAAUAAUGUAAAUAAAGCUUUACAAAUAUUAGAACUAAAUAAUGUAAGUUCUAUAACUGUAUUUUUUCCCUUUAUUAUAAAUUCUUAUUGUUUUUUUAUUUUUGAAACCUCAAUUGUCAUAAAUUAUAAAGUGAUAUCAGUAUUGAUUUUCAGGUAAAGCUGGUUAAUAUAAGUAGCAAUGAUAUAGUUGAUGGUAGCCCAAAGCUGAUUCUAGGAUUAGUGUGGAGUAUUAUAUUACAUUGGCAGGUAAAUUAAUUAUUUAUUGUAUAUUUCAUUAAACAAGUUGUUUCCUUUUUUAUUUGUACUUAAUAUUUGCAUCCUUAAAUUUUUAUUAAAAAUUAAAUAUGGUUUUUAUGCAUUUUUAGGUUGAUUGUCAUUUAAAGGAACUUAUGUCUGAAUCACAACAAACAAAUUUAGAGAAGACACUGUUAGCAUGGUGUCGUAAAAAUACAGAAGUAUUUCUACUUUAACAAUAUUAAUUUAUUGUUUAGUUAUAGGAUGCAAUUUCUAAUGUUAUAUAAUAUAUUUUAGGGUUAUGGUGUUGAUAUAAGCAAUUUUACCUCUAGUUGGUCAGAUGGGAUAGCGUUCAGUGCAUUAAUACAUAAAUUUAGAUCCGAUCUUGUAGAUUAUGAUUUAAUCUUGAAAGAACAUCCAAAUGCCAGACUUGAAAAUAUAUUUGCUAUUGCUCAUCAGCAUUUAAAUAUUGAACGUUUGUUAGAUCCUGAAGGUAUUUCAUAUAAAUAUUAAUAUUAUAAAAUCAAUAAUUUGUUUUUAUAUUUUUAAUUUAUUUAGAUGUAAAUACAUCUGUACCUGAUAAAAAAUCUGUUAUGAUGUAUGUAAUGUGCUUGUUUCAAAGAUUAUCUAUAUAUUCAGACGAAGUAGGAGUUUCAAAAUCUGACUUACAAGUAAGAAUUUAAAUUAAAUAAAUAUCAUUUCAAUUUAAAAUAUAAAUUUAAAAAAAAAUAAUUUAGUAUGAAGAUCAAAUUAAAAAGCCUGAUGAAAGGCCAUUGAGUAUGUUAACAAAUAUAUCUGUUGAACUUGGUGGUUACCAAACUGCAUUAGAAGAAGUUUUAACAUGGUUACUUGAAGCUGAAGACCGUUUACAUCAAUCAGAAAAAAUACCUGAAGAACUUGAGGGUGUUAGAGAAAUAUUUCACUUGCAUGAAGUAAAAUAAUUUAUAAAUAAUGCAUUAAAUAAAUUGGAAUAAUAUACAUUUAUUUUACACUGUACACUAUUUUUUGUUAAAGAAUUUUCUUAUCGAAUUAUCACAUCAUCAAGAAGGGGUUGGUGCUGUACUAGAAGAAGGUGCACGAAUGUUAGCUGAUGGGGGUUUAACUGAAGAAGAAGAACAAGAAGUUCGUAUUCAAAUGAAAUUGUUAAAUUCACGAUGGGAAAAAUUAAGAAUUACCGCAAUGGAGAGACAAACUAAGUAAGUUAUGACUAUUACUGUUAACUAAUAAUAAUAAAUAAUUGUCAUUAUUAUUACAUUUUUAGAAUACAUGAAUGUUUAAUGGGAAUACAACAAAAACAACUGGAUGAACUGCGCUUAUGGUUGACACAAACUGAAGAUCGUAUAUCACGUUUAUCACAAUCUGCAAAAAUGGAUGUUAACAGUUUACGGUCACAGCUCGAAGAACAUUCUGCACUUAAAGCUGAUUUAAGGAGACAACAGUUGUCAGUUGAUUCAUUAUCUAAUCUUGUUGUGGUUAUUGAUGAAAAUUCAUUCCCUGAUUCUGGUGAGCAUUAAUAAUAAAUAAAUAAUUUAACUUAAUAACAAUUAAAUUACAAUUUCUUUUAUUGUUAAAUAGUUUUAAAAAAAAUAUUUUUCUAAAUAUAUCUAUUAUUUAUACAGUACAUGUUCAGAUGGAAGAUGAAUUAUCAGCAUUGGGCGAGCGUUGGGCUCAUAUUUGUAAGUGGGCUGAAGAAUAUGGUGUUAAAUUACAGACAUUACUAAUGAAAUGUAGUCGUAUUACUGAGCAACUAUCAUGGUUACAGUCAUGGUUUGACUCAAAAGAAGUUAGCCUUAAACAUAUGGAGUCCAAACAUGUAACUGAAGUAGCUGAAAUUUUGGAGAGAAUCAAACAGUUGCAAGUAAUAAUCUUUUAAAAGACUGUUAUUGUUCUAGGCAUUUAUGUAAAUAAAUAAUAAAUAAUUUUAUUAUAGACUUUACGCCACCAAAUGUCAAGUCAACAAAAGAAUAUUAAUCAUCUUCAAAUUAAAAUUCAGAAUUUGGAAGAAAAUUUUUUAUAUAUAGAUGAUUGUCCUUACUCAGAAAAAAUAGAAACUUUGCAAGAUAGAUGUGAUGCUUUAGUACAAAUUAUCGAAAUUCAAGCCCAAAGAGUAUGUCUAUCACAUGAUAUUUAUCACAUUAUAUUUUAAGUUAUUUGUUUAGCAUUAAACUUAUUUAUAGGAAACAUUUCAAUUAUAAUGAUAUUUUUAGAACUCUCAGAUAUUAAAAAUUGUAUACUUUCAUUUUAACAUUUUUUAAUAUUUACCAUCUUUUUGUAUACAUUGUUUAGCUAAUAUACAUUUUUAUUUCGUGUGGUUAUUAUAUUUUUAAUAUUUUAUUCAGGCUAAAUAUUUAGAAACAUGUUUCACUGUUGAUAUUUAAUUUUGAAUAGAUAAUUAAUUAAUUAUAUUUUUUUAACUUUAUGGACUAAAGUAUGUUUUUCUAUUAGUAUGUGUUGAGUAAAGCCAAUCCCACAGUAGAACUGACUACUUGCAUUCAGCUACAACUUGUAACUUAAUAUUAGUUAGUUAAAUUGUGCUAUAGUCAUAUGACUGGCAGCCAUACAUAAUUGAUUUUAGUAUAUAACCAGCCUAAAGCUAUGCAAUAUUGGGGAGGAAAAUCAUACCCCUAUAAGGUUAGGUUAAGUUAUUUUUAGAAAUAAUAUAUGUGUAUAUAUAUAUAUAUAUAUAUAUUAUUUCUUUAUAAAUCUGACUGAGGGACUUGAUAUAUAUUUUAUUUUAAGAUAAAGAUAAUUAAAACUAAUUGUUAUUUAUUUUUAGAUAUCUGAUGCUGGUUUUGAAUUUGAUUUAAUAAGUAAUUCAAACGCGGAAAAAUCUGAUGAAAACAUUUUAGAUGAUAAUUCAUUUGAUAGUAAUUUAAAUAUACCAGAAGUUGAGGUAUUAAAUCAUUUUGGUUUUUAUCUGUUCAAUUGCUAGAGAACUACUCUAUUUAUUUGUUUUUGAAGGAACUUGGUUGGAAACGUAGAAGAAAAGGUGGUUCAUUUCAAGAAGAUGAAUAUGAUAAUGCUACUUCAAAUUUAAGUAACUGGUUAAAAAGAACUCAAAAAUUGCUUGAUGAACCAUUAGAAGUGGAAGAACAAGCUGCAUUGUAUGAAGACAUUAUGUCUGAAAUUGAUAGUCAAAAAUCUCAAUUAGAUUUUGCUAAUAAAUUUAUUAUAAACAGUGAAAGUAUGGUUUAAUAAAAUUGAUUUAUCUUGGUAUAUAAUAUUAAUGAUAAUAAUUCUUUUUGAAGGUAAUAAUACUCCAUUUCCUAAACUAGACCACUAUAAUCAAUUAUGUACAGAAUUUAAUGAUUUGGAAUCUUCUUUAAUAUCAUUCAAAAAUAAAAUAAAAUACAAUCUUGAAAAAAAACAAACAUCAAAAGAGAUGAACAAUUUAAAAUUAGUAUUUGAUGGGUAUGCUAAAUGGCUAGACAGUGGAAAUUGUACUUUUGAACAAAUAAAGGUGAGAAUAAAAAUUCAAAUGUUAAUAGUGUUUUAUUUAAAAUUAUGAUUUUAUUUUUUUAGAUAAAAUUAAAAUCAUUAAAAUCACUUGAAGAACGUAUAAAUAAGUUGCAUGCAAAUAGUGAACUAUUAGAUGCUGAAGACUUAUUAAGAAAUGAAGUUCAAAAAUGCUUAACUAGCUGGAAUUUAUUAAAUGAAAAGUAUGUAAGAAAUUGAAAAAAUAUAGAGCAUUAUAAUAAUACAUAUUUAUUUUUUUAGAUUUUCUAAUUAUGAAAUACAAGCAAAAUUAUCACAAGAAACAAAUUCUAGUAUAAAAUUUAAAGAAUCUAAAGAAGAGCUUACUGGCUGGAUUAACAAAUUGGAAGGAAUAUUAUUGGGUGAACCUGUACUUAUGACUUAUUCAAGAGUUUUAAUAAAUCAGUUAGACCAAUUAAAGGUAGAAAUAAAUUUUUUAAGCAAUCUAUUCCGUAGAUUUUAUUUUAAUCAUAUAAACAAUUUUAAGGAAAUGCAAAUGUCAGUGAAAGGUCGCCGUGAUACUUUAGAAAUGGUAAAUACACUUGGACAAGAAAUUCUAGAAAAAUUGAAUAAUGAAUUAGCUACAGAAAGGUUAACUGAAGACCUCCAAGAUUUAAAUACCAGAUGGAGUGAUAUUCCUGUACUGUUAGAUGAACGAAUAUUGAAGUUACAGAAAGGUAUUUAGUAUUUAUUAUUUAAUAACAAUUUUAUUUAUAUCUAAAGUAAUUAUGGAUUAUGUUUCUAGACUUGUUUUUAGUUCAAGAAUUAGAAUUUAAUUUUAGAACAUUAGAAGAUUUAAUGGAACAAAGUGAAGAUCUAUUCAAUUAUUACAAUUCUCAAAGUGAUCAACCAGACAUAAAAAUGAUUUAUGUAUGUCAAUAAAUAUAUUUUUGAAUACAAAUUGAAUACAAAUAUUAAAUUGUUAUUUUAAAGGAUGUAUGUGAUCCUGUGUCUCAAUUAUAUGACAAACUGCAUGGAGAUAUGAUAACUAUAUUUGAGUCAACUGUGGAUCCUGAAUUUAAGAUAGAAAUGAAUCUAAAAUUAGAAUCUAUUAAAGAAAAGUUAAACAAAAUUGUUAAAUUUAAAGAAAUUAUUACCAUUGAAGGAUUAAAAAGUUUAGAAAAAGUAAUAUUAAUAAGACAUGCAUUUUUUUUUUUAUUAAUAGUUUAUGUAAAUUAAUAAUUGGUUUUUUAGGAUUUCACUGAUGUAAAAAAAUGUGUAUCUGAAGUUGAAAAGUGUCAUUCUUAUAGAGAGAAAGAUCCUGUAAGUUCAGCUAGUGAACUUAUUAAGUUAAAGAAUAAAUAUCAUACUCUGUAUGAUAAACUCUUAGACAAAAGACCAAAAUUAGAAAAACUUGGUGAGUACCUAUGUUAAAUAACUAUCCUCUGGUUUUAUAAUUAACGUAUACAUUAAUUUAGAACAAAGUCAAGAUGAUAAUAUUAAAAUAUUAGUUCUGAAGUGGAAUAAAGUUUUUGAUGGUGUGCAACUAAUUAGAGAUCGUUUGCAACAUGAUGUGCAGCUUCAUUCUGAGUUUAAAGGUUAUAUUUAUUUUCAUUUAUUUAUUUUAAUUAUUUGUUUUAGUAAUUUAACAUAAAAUUUAAUUAUUUUCAUAUGAUAUAUAUUUUAAAACACGUUAACAUGUUUUAAUAUUACAUUACAUAGUCUAUUAUGUAAUUAGAAUUCUGUAAUUUAAUUCCUAUUACGAAAUUUCUAUUGAUUCAAAUAAGUUAAUAGUUUUUAAUUUAAAAUGUUCUUAUAGUUUUAAUGUCUCAAGAAAAUGUAUGGUUAGACAAAUUAGACAAAUGUCUAAAAAAAAGUAUAAAAACAAUAGCAACAGAUGCAGAGGAAAUAUCAGAAGAACUUGAUGUAAUUUUAUUUAUAUUUUUUAUCUAACAUAAAUUAUUUAUGGAAAUUUAAAUUAAAUUCUUUCAUUCAAGUAUAUUUAUAACUAAUAUUAAGAAUAUUGUUUAAACAUAAAAUAAUAUAUUAUAUAUUUUUCUUUUUUAGGAUCUAGAAAAUUGUCUCAGAAACCACCCAGAAUCUAGAGUUGAACGAUUAAAUGAAAUUGGUGCCAUUUUGUCUGAUCAUAAUGUUAUGGUGUCGAAUAUAAAAGUAGACUUAGCCAAAGUUACUUCUCGCUGUAAAAAACUUACCACUCAAGUAAAUAUCACGAAUCACGAAACCCAUGCUAUUUUUGAAGUUUCUUUAAAAGAAAUCUGUGUAUGCUGUGUACAAGUCCUGACUCUGGGAACUUGUUUUCUAAAUAUUUUUUUUCCAUUUUCAUGCAACCAUCUAUUUCACAGACUUUGAUUACUUAAGCAAUACAUCCUCUCCAUUAUUACGCUCUCCCAUCAAAUGCUCUCUCAUUUUUUAAUUGACAAUGUAUACAAAUGCCUAGUUUUCUACUUUGGUGUCUUUUUGUCUGUCUUAAAAUUUGGCUCCAUUACUCCUAUCCUAAAGUCAGGUGAUCUGCUACCUCUCGUUACAUGAUAGAAAGGGUCCAAACAUAAUUCCUUUGUCAUGCUGCCUUUAAACUGCAUAUACCCUUUCCCCCACGAUUAUACCCCUGUCCAACACUUUAUCUAUGGAUAGUCUCUCUGACUGUCAGCAUUCUGCAUUCAUCUCUUUCCUAUUUAACCUUCUUUCCUCUAAAUUGAUUGCCCUGAGCUUCUAUUCCACAUCACCUUUAAUGUUCCCUGCUAUCCUACACGUUUAUCGAUCUCAUUCCAUAUCCCUUUAUCUUCAUCUAAUUGCCUCUCCAUUCUCCAAUUAUCCGUUUUAUGUGCACUGAUAAUACCGACUCUUCUUUUGAUUUAACUUUUUAAUUAACUUUUAUCACAUUUUAAUAUUCUAUAUUUAUAAAAAAAAAAAUAUAUAUAUAUAUUUGUUAUAUUAUAUUAUAUUUUAUAAAUACUAAGUAUGUACAUUGUAAUCUGGACUAAUCCCAUAAUAAAUUAAUAUUUUACUUUUUGUGAUUUCAAUUAAAUUUCUUUAUUUAUAGUAAAGUAAAAUAUUAGAUUAGUAAUUUUUUUGGCAGCCUAUUUAACCUAUUGUUAUUAUAAACAUAUUGGAACAAGUUUCCCAGACAUUGUUUUUAUUUUAAAAUUGUUUCUCUAAUUUUUUUGUAUAUUAAUGUCAAAAAUGUUUGAAUAUUUUUACUGAAAAACUAUUAUUAAUGAAAUUAUGCAAAAAAAAUUUAAAAAAACCUUUUGAGAUUUUAAAACUUGGUAUGUGGUACGUGGAAUAAACAAUUAUGAGUGUGGGGGGACUCAAGUUGCUGUUAUGUAGCCCUUCUUGUAGGAGAGAAAUCUAGUGGCCUCUAAUCUUCUGUACUAACCUGAUACUGCUGUAAGGAAGAUAGUAUCGUUAAUGUAAACUUAAACUUUAUUACAUAAAGCCUUCGGUGACCAAACAUCCUGUUUUUUUGAUAAUUUUUUUCUCAAAAUAUGUGGUUAUGUUCGCUGAAUCUGAAAAAGUUAUAAAUCAAUUAUUUUUUUCUAAUUUUAAAUUAAGUAGGGCACUGUAGUAAUGGAUAUAAAACCAACAAGGCAAAGAGGAAUUGAAUGCAUAUGGUAAUUACCUAUAACAUAUUUUUCAUAAAUUUAAAAAAAAAAAAUAAUUGAAUUAAACUUUAAAAAAAAAAAGUUAUGUCAUGAUAGUUUUUGAAUAAUUCUGAUUGAAGUUAUGGAACUUCAGCAAUAAAACAUACUUACAAAAUUAAAUUAUUAAAAAUACAUACUUUCUAAAAUUUUCACUAUAGUUUUUUUUUUUUAAUACUGACUCCUCAUACAAAAACACCAAUUUUGAGGGGGGAAAAGUGUAUCUGAUGAACUAAACUUGUACUGACAUCUUAUGAAUAGCUUUUAUUUUUCACCUAUUUAAUAAUUAAUUAUAGUAGAAUUUUUAGUUUAUAUUUAAAAAACCGCUAUUUAUAAAUUACUGUAUAUAUUACAAUAGUAGAAUAAAGUGAUGUAUAUUUGUAUGAUGUGUGUGUGUGUAUAUCUAGGCAGAAGAAAAGAUUAAACGUUUAGAAGAAAGCAUUGAACAAACACAAAAAUCUGAAUAUUGCAUUGCUGAAUUUCAACAAUGGCUCGAGAUUACGGAUCAGCAACUUACAUCUCGUUUACAAAAUGAUUGUUCUCCACAAGAUCUACCUAAUGAUGCAGAAGUAAGUAAUUUAUAAUCAUUUUAGUUUUAAUUACUUUAGGUUAAUUUUAUAUUCACAGUGAUUAGUGAAAUUGACACUUUCUUUUCUUUUUAAUUUUCUUUUUGGAAAAUGUUUACAGGCUGAACUGGAGGUUUUUAUCUAACUUCAGUGUAAGUGCUUACAAAAACAAACUUAAAAAAACCUCCCUGACUUUAUUUAAUUUUUAACCUUUAUGGGAAAUCAGAUACCUAAUAAUAGAUUACAAAGUUAUUAAAUCAACUUUUGUUAAAAGUGCUGGUAAAAGGGUUAAAUGUGCUUGCAGCAUUUAUUUCCAUAGUUUUUCAGAACUUGACUUUUGAAUAAUGAUAAAAGUAAUAACUUUAAAGACUCCAUAAACCAUUUCUCAUAUAAUAUUAGCGCCUUAAAGGUUUUAUAAUUAGUUGCACCCUUGACUAUUGCAUUCAAAUUAUAAUAUAAUACUUUUCAACAAAUGUUAAUAUGUUAAUACAUUUUAAUUAUUUAUUAGUUUGUAUUAUAUUCAAACAGUAAGUUAUAUUGGUCUUGAGAUGUAUGUCAUGUAUUUACUGCAUUGAUAUUUUUACAGAACUCUGUAAUGAGUUUUGAGUCUCAAAUAAACUAUGAGUACUAUUUACUAUUUUAUAUUUUUUAACUUUUAUAACAGAGAUUAUCAGAUGAGUUCCAAAAUCAAGCUAAGCUUUUGCAUGACAUGGAAGAACAAAUUUGCAACUAUGAAAUAGCAAAUAAAAAAGAAGUUGCAAAUCGUUUGAAGGAUCAACUAUCUUUAUUAAAAGUGAGUAUUUAGUCAGCUUAUAUAUGUUUAUCGUAUGUAUAAAAUGUAUUUUAAUUUUAUUGAUUGAAUCAGUUAUAUGGAUUAUUAAAGCAAUCAAUGUACAUAUAAUAUUCAUAUUGUUUUUUUUUUUUUAAUUAUAAAAUAAGAUUCAUAAGUUACAAAAUCUUCAUUUUUGUAAACUGUUGUCAAGUUUAGUACCACUUUAUUACUUCAUAGUUCAUGAUAACUAAAUAAUAAGCAACUUUUAACACUUUCUGUGUCCCAUGUUUUCUCAUAAUAUUAUAUUAUAUUCACUGUAUCAUGUCAACUAAAAUAAUUUAAAUUAUUAAUCAAAUACCUAUAGCAUGUUGAAUAUUAAAUAGUUUUAUAUGACUGGUUUUAUAUUAUAAUAAGUAGUUGUUUUAGAUUUUGAGCAAAGCAAUGAUAUGUAUUUUUUUUUAAUUUGUCUUCUAUCUGUAAACAACUGUAUUAUUGAUUAUUAAGUGUAGUAGUAAAUAUUGUCUGGUUGGUGAUAUAUUUAGGACAUUUUUUUUAAUUUUCUUAAUAAUUUAGGAAAAAAGGAAAAAUGUACACAUUAAAGGUGGUUUCCAUUAUUUUUGAUUUUUUGUAAUUUUGUUAAAAAUAGCAGGGAUCUGAAAUUUUCAAAAAACACUUAUAGUAACCCUUUCUGGACAGUUUAAUAUUUUGUCAAUUUUGAGCUAUUUAUUUUAUAGGCAUUUAAAAUUUAAACAUUUUUUUUAGUUUCAAUAUUUGGUUUUUAUGUGAGUGGUUGACCUUAGAGAGUUGGGAUGAAGGCAAAGAAUUAAGAAAAUAUGGUUUUGCGUGGAUACAAUUAUUUAAGCUCUGUAAAAAUGAUUAAAAAUAAAAUACAAGAUUCAUCAUAAGUUACACUUAGUGGUAAAAAUAUGUUGAGUGUAAUGUAAUAAAUUUUAAAUUCUGAGCGUAGCGAGGAAUGCGCUGGUAUUACAAUGAUGAUUAUUUUAGUUGUAGAUUAAUGUCUUUUUUAUAAGAAAAUUUUAUCUGUGUGAUACUAUAGGAGAUCAUUUUUUGAUUUUUCAAGCGGUUUUUUAUAAUAGUUUGGAAAAAAGGGAAAAUUUAUGUUAAGUACAGAUAUAAAUUUAAUUUCCUUUGAUAUCUACUUUCCAAACUUCUCACCUACAACAGUAGCUAGAUAUUAUUGAGUUUAUAUUUGGGUUUGUAAUAAUAACUGGGAAUUUUUGGUUUUUAGGAUUUAGGGGUAUUAUUUUGGUUUUAAGUUUAACCUUAUACCUUUUAUACGGUAAAUAUAAUUUUUUUUAAUCAUAAUUUUCAAAUUUAUUGUUAUGUAGAAACGUUUCUAUCAACUAGAAGAAAAAUUUGAAAGAUAUCAAUCUCCUGGAGAUUUACCAACUCGUGUUACCAGAGUUUUAAGAGAACUACAAUCUAUUGAAAAUACUAUUUGCCUAUUAGAACUGGCAUCAGAUGAUCCUGACAGUAUUAAUGGACAGUUGGAACAGUGCAUGGUAAUGUUUAUAUAAUAUACCUAAAUAUGUAAAGUAUAGGGUUGGGCCCAUAUUGGUUUUUUAAAAUUGAAACAAGUUGAAUAUUAAUUUUUUUGUUGUCAAGUUCAAAAGUCGAGUGUUUGAAAAUGUUUGAGUAUUUGAAAUUAUAUGGGUUCUUGAAUAUAUACUAUGUACACUGAAAAUACAAGUUUUGUUUUUGAAAUAUUGUUAGCUUAGAACAAAAACUCAUUAACGCCCCACAUUUUUUUUUUCUUAUAAUGUCAUGUAGUGUAUAAUAUUGAGUUUUAUGAUUUGUGUUAAGGUUCCUUCAUACUUAAUUUGUUUUCUUUGUCUGUCUCGCACAUAAUUUAGCAACAAAGACAAUAUUUUCAAAGUAUUUAUACCAUCUUAAUAGUUUUUACAUUUCAUCUUUUGAAUUAAAAUCAGUUCUUGAGUAAUCAAGUACUUGAGGAAGUUGAGUACUCAUGUUUAUGAAUACAAACACAAAUUUGAGUUUAGUAAGUUCAGGUAUUUGGCUUAUGUAUUUACCCAAAGUUAAGUACUCUUCUAGUUCUGAUUAACUGUAGGUACAAGAAAAAAGAGCAGUUGAGGGAACUAUUUGUUUGUCAAUUACAUGUAAAUUAAAUUUUUUGUAGUUAAUACUUUUUACAGUAUACAUUUAUACAGAUAAAAAAACAUUAUAUCCUGUGUUAAGUAUCUACUUAGGUGAUUUAAUUUUUAAAAUUUUUCAGAAUUUCAAAAAACUACAAAAAUAUUUAUUUUAAUAUUAAAUCCUAAGGUUGAACCUCAAUAGUUACUACAUAAUUGGCACCUUAAAAUUAAAAUUUGCUCAAAUGAAAUGUAUUAAAGAGAAUGUACCGCACAAAAUAAUAUGUAAACCUUGUAAUAUACAGAGAACAUGACUGAGCAUAAUUUAUACUUCAGCAGAGAGCAGAACAAGUGAUCCAUUUAAGUUUCUGUAAUCAAUAUUUCAUACUGUAUAUACUGAGUAUAUACUGUUUAGUUUUUUAUGUUACUCUUAUUUUUUGGGAGUAAAACCACUACAAACUUGAAUUAUCAAACAGUAACUUUUAUUAAAAAUUCAAUAAAUAGUUUAUGUUUUAGUUAAAUACAUUUUGUUGUUGAUAGUUUCAAUUUCCGUUAAUGUGUUGAUGGGAUAAUUCCACUCUUCAAUUUGUGUAGAAGAGUAAUUGAGAACGCUGCGUUGCCACACAAAAGAUCCUCUACUAUUUUCCCCCUAACUAAACUUAAAAGUUUAAUAUCUUGUUAUCAGGUUGAUGGAAAUUUAAAACGUCAACGCCAGUUUUAAUUUUAACUAAAACCUUAUCUAUGUAUGAAUUCUUAAUACGAGGUGCUAUUUUAAAAUUAAAAGUGUGUCAUGAUUUCACUCCCCAAAAAUAAGGUUGACAAAAGAAAAAAUGGUAUCAUAACUUUUAGAGCUAUUUAUUUCAUACAUUUUCAAAAAGAAAAAAUUUAUGAAAAAGCAAGUACUUUUUGAACAAUUGAGUGUAGAUACUUAAUGGAUCACCUGGUUGGGUUAUACUAGGAUAUGUGGAUUUAAUAAUAAUAGUUUUUAUAAAUGUUAUAAUUUGUACAAAUUUUAUUAUUUUACAGAAAAUUAGUUCUACAUUAAAAAGUUUACAAAAUGAAGUAGAAUUUGUGACUAGUUCAAAUGACAUAUAUGAAAAUCAAGAACAAAUAGAGACUAUAAAACAGUUAAAUUGUAAAGUAAGUUUAUUUGGUCCAUCUAUAAAUACUUAUAAUAUUAUUGUUUGAAAAUAUUUAAUCCUUAAAAAUAAAAUUCUAACUCAAUUCUUUAUAGUUAUGUUAUCAAUAAAGAGAUUAAUUAUAUUAGAAAUGGGAUACUAAUAUAAUUUAAUUAAAUUUAUUGUAAAAUAUAUUUGUGUUUAGUUAGGAAAGGACAUUUUUAGUACAAAAUGCAAAUUAGAGAAAGGUUUAAAAGUUUUAGACUUUUUGGACACUAAUGUUAACAAGAUAUCUAAUUGGCUGACUGAAAUGGAACAAAAAUUGAAUGAAAUAGAAAAUAUUCAAUUGCCCGAAAAAAAUAUAGAAGAUCAGAUCAAAUUUAUUAAGGUAAAAUGAAAUCCUAAUAAUUUUUAUUAAAAUUUUUUUUACCUCAUCUCGUAUUUAAUAUUCAACCUUUAACUUAAUUAACAACAUAAAUGUCUCAAGUAAAGAACCGACAAUUUUAAUUGAAAAUUAAAUUCCCAAUGAACAUUAAUGAUCUGAUAAAAGAUUUUUGAUUUUUGAAUGCAAAAUAAGUAUGUUUUUAAUUUAAUUUUAAAUGUUAUUGCAUUUUGUUAUUUUUGUCUCAAAGAAGAAAAACUUGUUUAGUUAAAAUACUCAGCAUGAUGAAACACUAUUUUAAAUUCUCAACAUUUAACCUUCUAAAUACUUUUGUUUAGUUUUUUCUCAUUAUAAACUUUUCGAUUGUUAAAAAAUACUUUAGAUUAUUCAUACUUCAUCUUAAAAGAUAUAGGAUGUAGUUUUUUUUUAUCCAAUGGAAUUUUAUUUGAAUAAUUUGAUAAUGUAGUAUCAUUCUCAAUCUCAUUUAUCUUUUCUCUACUUAUUUUUAAUUCUACUAAUUUAGUAACUCACAAACUCCACAAACUAUUUACUCAUUUUAACAUUCUUGUUUUUCUACUUAAAUUUUUUUCUCAUUCCUUUUAUUAAAUACUCAUAUUUGAAAUUGUAUAAAUCAGCCUUAAAACAGUUUCUUUUUUAAAUACUUUAACAAUGUACACUAUUUUAAUGACUUUUUUAUCUAUAAUUUUUUUACAUCUGUCAUCAUCCAGUCAUUUUUUAUUCUUAAAUUAUUAUGUUUUCAUAAAUUUGUUUAUUCAAUUCUUCCUGCUUCUAUUACUCUAAAAGGUUUUUCGGCAAUCACUAAAUCAUGCGACCUGUCAUGAUUCUGUACUAUCUCCCUCCAGUUCUGCACUACCGGGUCUUCCAAAGCAAAAAUAACCACAUCAUCGAUCCACCUUUUCCGAAGGCAACCUCGUGGUCUUUUUACAUUUCGGCUUCCUAUCAUGUACUAUCCUGACUGCUGCAUCUGCACUAUGUCACAUUACAUGUCCUUGUCAUUAUAAUCUUUGGCUUUUUAUAGAUCCAUUUAUUGUUGUCAUUUUCAAUUCCUCUUACUUUUCUUGUUUGUACUUUCUACGCCACUGACUUAUUCUCAUAUUUAUGACCAGGCCACAUAUUCUUCUCCAGAUUAUACUUUUAAACGUCUUUAGUCCUCUCUGUAUGACAUUUAGUCGCCCAUACUUCUACUGUUUAUUCAAUUACAUAACUAAAUUUACAAGUAAUUGAAUACCUUUAUCUUUUUACCACAUUAUAUCAACUUGUUUGCUUAACUUUUAUAACAUCUCAAAUUAUGCUUCUCAUUUCAAAAUUUCAAAUAUUUUUGAUUAAGAAUAUUCUGUAUAUAUCUUUAUUUGAUUUUUUUUUCUGAUCUAAAAUUCUUAUUCUCAGGAUUUGUAUAGUUUAUGUGAGGAUUAAAUGCAUAGGUAACUUGUAAUAUACCUUCUUAUUAACUUAACAAUUAUAUUACUCUUCUUUAUUAUUUUUUUUUAGAGAGAUGCAUCCAUUGCUCUUGAUCUUCUAUGUAACCACAUAACUAUUAAACCUAAAACUAUUUUGUUUUAUAAUUUUAUUUAUGUAUUUUACAACAGCAUACUUUAGAGGUUGAUUGCAAAAAUUGGGAAAAGGUUAAGAGUUCAAUUAAUACAUGCUGUAUUGAAUUUAAAUCACUUAAAGAUCCUCUCUGUGAAGAUGAUACAUAUCGUGAACGUUUUGAUAUUGUAUGCAACAGAUGGUCAUUAAUUUUGAAUAGGCUCCAAAAUAAUUUAGUCCAGCUUAAGGUUAGUUUAAUAAUAAUAAUUACUAUUUUUAUUUAUUAUAAUUAUAAAAUAUUAAACAAAUGUUAUGAAUGAAACAUUUAUAAUAUAAUUUUUAUAAUUUUUGAUUUUUGAAUCCACUGCUUAAUAUUAAAAAUUGUACUUUUUACUUAAUUAUAAUUUAUAUAAUUUUUAGGAUUUAUCUACAGUGACAGCAAUUGAAAAACUAGAAAAAAAGCCUAAGAAAUCAACAAAUUUAAAAGAAACAACUGUACCAAAAAUAAAAAUUACUGAUGAAGAAAGCAAAAAUAAUCACCAUACAUUAAUACAUCAAAAUGAAGAAGACGAUACAAUUCAACAAUUAACUAAAAACAGUAUGUUAUUUUCACAAGUAUCGCAAGUAGACCCUAAAUGUUUGCAAUCUUUUGUGAAUCCUAAACAUGAAAAUAAUACACAAGAGUGUGUCAUGGUUGAGAUUAAAGAACAUGAAAUAUUAAAGUCUAGUGUUAUUAGUCACGGUGAAGUUACUGCAGUUCACCGUAUGGUUCCUGAAGGUUAUGCUGAAAUGGUUGAGUUAUCCGAGGAUACAGAAACAGAUGCAGAUGAAACAGAUGAGGAAAAAUGGCCUCAAACUGUGUAUAGAAGGAAAAAUAAUACAGAUAAAAAAACAUGUUUGAGCCCAUGUGAAAUUUUAGUCAAACGACAAAAACUAGCGUCAGAUGAAUCAUUAAAGUCUAGUCUAGAAAGCUUACAUAGUAAUUCAUUUUUUUUUUUUAAUAUAAUAUGCUAUUUAUUUUUCAAUGUAUUUAAUAUUUUAGGUAAAGAGUAUAUGGCAUCUUUAGAAGAAGACCAAAAAAAUUAUUCUGAUUCUCUUUGUGUUAAACUGAAUAAGACUCAUACUACUAUAACUGCAUGGCAAAGUCCACAGUCUGAUAGUCAUAAAAAAGUUAUAUUGCAUAAAGCAAUAGAAAUGUCAAAUACAUACAAAAUUAUUGGAGCUGAUCAAGAUAUAAAUGAUGUUUUAAGUUCAACUAAAAUUAUGGCUGAUGAUAAUGAUAGUUUUUAUGAUAGUGAUAAAGAAACUGAUGAUGUAUUAAUGUUUUCUGAAGAUGAAGGACUAAGUUAUAAAUUUGAAGAUUCUAGUUCAUCUGAUGAUGAACAAAAGUCCAAAGUAAGUAUUAAUUACCAUUGAUUAUUUUAUCAAUGUAGUUAUUACUAAUUUAAGUUUUUUACAAAUUGGUAACUAUUUAGUUCUAAGUAGGUAAAACAUAAAACAUAAUGUUAUGCAAAGUGUAACUAUAAAAAAUUUUGAGGGGGGGGGGAGUAAUUAAUUGUGCAUAUCCAUGAUAAAAUAACUAGUGAUGAGUAUAAAAAUAUUUACUGAAUUUAAAAAAAUAAUAUAUAACAUUCAUUAGAUUAAAUAUUGUUCAGGUUUGUAUUUAGAUCCUUAAAUUUAAAUAUUUAGUCCAACAAGGAUAAUCAAUUAUCAAUAAUAACUUGUUUAUUUUAAUAAAUUAGCAAGGCCUCUUAAUAUAAUAUAAUUUGUGUGAAAUUUUAUUCAAAUUAUUUAUUUAUUCUAUAAUUUUAAUAAAUAUAAACAAUGUCUUAAAAAUACUAUAACACGAUUAUUAUUAUGAUUUAUAUUUAUUUAGUUAAAUUCUGAUUUUAAAAAUACAUUUAUUUUUGAUUAAAACAAAGUAAUACCUAGAAGAAUUAGUGUCUAUUUUAAAUUGUUGAAAACUAGUAAAUAUUGAUUUAAUUUUCAAUUAAUAAACCAGAUUCCAUGGUCAAUAACAAAGUGUGAAGUAAUAAAAACCAGUUUUGACUAUGGGUAGGGCCAUUUGGUAGUAAUAUUACAUUAACCAUAUUAUCAUAUCUUAUUAAUUAUAUCUAAUACUUUAAUACUUUAAAUGUUAAUACUACUGUAUCAAAAAGCAUUCGAAAAUAUAAUAAAUAUUAGUGUAAAUACAUUUUUUAUAUUAAAAUUAAAAUACUGUUUUAGAGAAUCAGUGUAAAAUACAUAAAAUAAACAUUUUUUUUUUUUAUCAGUGAUAAAAUACAUUCUUAUGGUGAAAGUAAAAUAGCUUUCUUUAAUAUUUUAUUUAUAUAUUAAAUAACACACUUUAAAUUAUUAAAUUAAUUUGAAUAUAAAAUAAUUUUUUAUAAAAUGACAAUAUUAAUCAAAUUAAUAUAUUUGAUUAAUUAAGAGAAAAUAAAAGUAAAUGUGUUCAAAAUAUAUUCUUUAGUUAUAUUUACAUAUAAUGAUUAAUCUAGGCUAUUAUAAAAUUUGUUUUGCGAAUAAUUUUUAAAUAUUAUAUAAUACUCGAUGAAUGUAAUGUAUUCUUAAGUUUAUUUAAUAACUUACGGCCAAUCAAGCAGUUCAACAAAGAAUAUUUUAAGUGGUUACAAAAAUAAAUUAAAUUUAAAAAAAUAAAAAUAUAUUUAAAAUGGUGAGAUUUAAUUUAAUUUAUUAUAUUAUUUUUAUAUAGUAACUUGAACUGUAUUUAUUACUUUAUAUAUUAAUUACACAUUAUAGGGUAUUUCAUUUAUGAGUCAGAAAAAAGAGAAUUCAACUCUUUCAAAAUCUUUAAAUAUGUCAAAAAACAUAGAAGUAGAUAUAGAAAAGUAUGAAAAUGAAGCAAAACAAAUGCUAUCAAGGAUGGAACUUACAUUAAAAGAUCUGCGUAAAUUAAAUACAGAAUCUGAUCCUAAUAAGCGCUUUGAAGUAUUUUUAUACACAUUAUUUAUUAAUUUUUUUGCAUUUUAAAUAUAUAUGUUAUAUAUGUUAUUCAGUCUGUUGAACAAGAAGUUAGUGAUAUAGCACCUGACGCAGCCACAUUAAUUAGCAAAGGUGAUAGCCUUAUACUUGCGAGCUAUAUGGGAGAUUCUUCUAGAGCAAGCACCUUGUGUACUUUAAUUCAAGACAGGCUUAGAGUUAUGUGGACUCAUAUUAUGUCAGAAAUAGAGGUAAAAAGAUGUGCAAAUAGUAAUAGUAGUUUUACAAUAUAAUUUUUUUUUUCAGAUUGUUAAAAUUCAGACACAAAUGUUAGAAAAACAUGUGCAGUCUUUCAAUAAAAUUAAUGAAGAUAUUGAAAAUUGGAUCAAUAAUAAGCACACAAUUUCAGAGGUACAAAUAUAUAAAAUAAUUUAUGAUUUUGUAUGUUAAACCUAGGUUGAAUUCUGAUAUUGAAAUUUAAAAUAAUCAUUUAAUUAAAUAUUUUAAGGUAUUUGAACGUGAAAUUAAUAGCAAAUAUGCUAAUAUAUUAGAAAUGGAUGAAAUAAUAUCUGAUAUUGAAGCAUUGUGUUAUGAUAAAGAUGCUGUAGAUAAAAUGCAAUUGAAAAGUGUCGAACUUAAGAAUAAAUUAAAUAAAUUAAGUCCUUUAUCUCAACAAGUAAACAUACUUAAAUAAUGUUAUCAAACGUUUAUAAAUGUAUGUAUGCAUAUUUUUAUAUUAUAUGAUUAUUUUAUAGCAAAAUAUCAAUGUUUCUGAAGAAGUUGUAUCUCAAAUAAAUAAGACAAGAACAAAUUUGGGUGUCUUGUUGAAGCAGUUAAAUUUAAUACCUUUAUCAAAUAAUUCUGUUUCUCUUCAAAAUUCUAAAAUUGAAGUAUAAUUGGUUAAAUUUAUAUGAAAAUAAAAAAAAUUACUUUAUAAUAAAAAUUUAAUUUUAGGAUAUUCAAAAUAAAACUAAAACUUUAAAAACAUCUAUUGAAAGUCUGAGUUCAAAAAAUUCUACUAAUGAAAUAUUUGUGCAACGAAAUAUUGAAAAAAUGCAGGAUACUUGGGAAAUGCUUAAUAAGUGUGUUAUUGAACGAACUGGGUUAGAUAUUGGAUUAUUUUAUUUAUGUGGUUAAUGGUUAUUAAAUAUUUUAUGCUAAAUAUUUGAAUAUAUGUAAUACAUUUGUAUUUUAGACAAUUAUCUAACAUAAAAACAGAAGUAAGUAAUUUACAACAAAGUGGUAAAGAACUUUCUGAAUGGUUAGCAGAAAUUGAAUGUGAUAUGGAAGAAGACAAUUUAACAUUUUCAUUACAAGAAAAAAAGAAUAAGCAGCACGAUUUAGAAAAACGGGUGUCAUCUAGACACAGGUAAUUAAAAAUUGAAUUAUAAUUACAUUUUUAUAGUUUAAUUGGAAAAAAAAAAUUAAUUUUUGGUUGUUAUUAAUUAAAAUUGAAGUACAAAUUAUGUACCUAUUAGGUAGACUAGGUUUUUAGUAAGUCACGAAGGGACAUAUUAUUAUUUUAAAAUUUAAUAAAAUAAUUUUUAAUUCAGGAAAGAAUAACAAUAAAAAAUGAUUGAAUUUUCUCAUGUUUAAUCUAAAAUAUUAAUCUCCUAAAUUAUAAAUUUUAUUAGUUUCAUAGUUUUAAAGUGAAGUUCUACAAAAAUGUGGUAAGACUGAUUAUAGUGUAUGGUUCAGUGUUGGGUGGUAAAUAGAAAAAUAGAACAGAGAAUGAGUAUAGCAGAGAUGAGAAUACUUAGAUGAAUCAGUAAAGUGAUUAGAAAAGACAGAAUAGGGAAUGAGUAAAUCAGAGGUAGCUUAAGCGUGGCUUCAAUAAUAGACAAAAUGAGAAAAGUGAGAUAUUUUGGGAAAGUCCCGGGGAAAGAGAAAUUUAAAUUAGUAAAAAUUGUAAUAAAAAUAAAUGUAGAAGAAAAAAUUUGAAAGAGAAAUUUAAAUUAGUAAAAAUUGUAAUAAAAAUAAAUGUAAAAGAAAAAAUUGAAAAUGAGAUGAUUAAUUACAAUUAAGAAUAUGAGAACUGCUGGUAUUUAUGAGGUGGGAGAUCGGGUUAAGUGGAAGUUUAGAAUGAAGGUAGUAAACCUCAGAUUAUUGGGUGAAAGCUAAGGAGAAUAAAAAGAAGAUUAGUUUCAUAGUUUUAUGGGAUUCGAACACAAUAAUAAAAUAAAAUACAAAUUGUUAUAGAAUAUUAUUGAUUUAGUUUAAUUAUGGCUAAAAUGCUCUGUAAAUAUUAAAAAAAUAUUAAUUUACAUAAUUAACCAUAAUUUAAACUUUAAAGAAUAAUAAAACCAAAUUUCCAAUUUAGAUUUUAAUUUAUUGUAAUAAAAAUUAAUUAAAAUUUGAUUUUCAUGACAUUAUAAUAGAAUUUGAAAAUAUAACAAAUCAUUAAAAUGUUAAGCAGUAAUGCUCUUUAAUUUUUUCAAUUAUAGUUCAUCUAUACAUUUAUAAAAAAAAAUUAUUGAACUAAUUCAUGAUUUUAAGACUGAAGUAUGAAUACUUUUUAAAUUAUACUAAAAGAACUAAGAUCAAUUUGAUUAAGAUACAAUUGUGCUGUAAAUCAUUUUCUUUUUUAAAUUGCAAAUGUGGAAAAAUAACUAAAUAAUUUUAAAGCAUUUGAAUUAUUAUUUUUAACUAAAAGAGUGUAUUAAGGUAUAGUAAAAAGCACAUUUAGAAAAUCAACCUCAUUUUUUACUAUUAUAUAAUUGUUAAAAGAACUAUUGUAUAAACUACUUAAUUAGUGUUUUAAUUUUUGUAUUCGGAAUUACAGAACAGUCAUAAGUUUUUUAAACUGUUCGCGUACAUUAUGGUCUCAUUCAGAUAGUUUCCAAUCAGAAGUUGAAAGUCUUAGAUUAAGAUGGCAAGCAGUUUUAAAUAAGUUGACAAUACAGCGAGAAAGGUAUGUGUAUAUUAUGUUCUAAAUCUGUCCUAUAAUUUUUUCCAAAUGGCUAAAUGCUGGAAAGAAGGUGUUAUUUUUACUCGUUUUGGCAAAUUCCCAAAUUUUUAUAAUUAUUUUGUCUAGGGACAUAUUGUAUGUAUUUUAUUUUUGUUAUUCUAUCUGAACUCAUGCAGGUACAUAAUAUAACAGAAAUAUUAUCAGUUUUAGUUAUUUUCUUUUUAAAUUUAGAUUUUAUGUUUAUAGGUUAAAUGAAAUGGAAAAAUCUAAAUCUGAUUUUUCAAGUGUAAUAUCUGCUACAAAAAUUACAAUUGAUCAGACACUUAAUUUGCUUCAAUCUACACAAGCCAAUCCUUCAAAAAUUGAUUCAUUAAACAAACAAAUUUCUUUACUCAAGGUGUGUUUUAUCUUUGGUAUGUUAAUAAUUGCAAUCAUGUAAAUUAUAUAAGUAUAUUGUUCUUUUCAGUCGAAUGAAAUAGAACUGUUAACAAGAAAGCAGGAAUUGGAUGCUAUCAAUACUAAAAAAUUUAAGCAACCAAAUGAUCUUGAAUCAAUUAAGACUCUUCUUGAUCAGGUAAUACAUUCAAUUUGAAUAUUUAUGUCUAAGAAUAUCUAUUCAAUUUUAUUUAUAUAACUGGUUUUUUAAAUUUAAAUAUUGAUUUAUGUAUUUUUAAUUUUAAUAUGGAAAAAGAAGCAGUAAAGUGGAAAGGGACAUGCAUUUAUAAAGAAUGAAAGUAAAGGAUAUCUAGGUAAAAGUUGAUGGAUGUAGUUGAGAAUGAUGCAAGAAGUAUCAUUGUAAAUAUUAUAUAGGUGAAGAGGCUUAAUGUAAAGGCAUAGAAAGGGAGAAGAAAUUCUAUUUACUUUAAUAAAGAACUAUAAAAAUGAUAUGUUUAUUUAUUAUUUUUAGGUUAAAUCUGAUUUAUCUGAUAGUUUGAUAUGUUUGAAUGGAAAAUUAUCAGCUUUAAACAAAUUUAUAAAUAAAUUAAAUGAAUUAAAUAAUUGGGUAAUGCAAAAAAAAUUGGAAGCAGAAGACAUUAAUCGGAAACAGUUUUCAGAGAAAAAAUUAGCCACUGAGAAGUUACAUGUAAUAUUUUUAUUUCUGAUUAUAAAAUGUAAUGUUUUUAAAUAUUAUAUAAAAAUAUAUAUUAUCCAUAUUUUAGUUAAACUUAUUAGAGCGCAAUGCUGAAAUAAAAGACAUAUUAGAAAAUUUCACAAAUAUGGAAAAACAUUGUGAAGGAAUUGGUCAAUCAGUGUCUGUAGAUUUACAAGUAAGAUUUUAAAUUAUAUGCUUAAGAGAUUCAUGUUUUACUUUAAUUACUAAUAAGUAGCAAUUCCUAUUUUGUGUUACACAUUUUUUUUUUUUUUUUGUAUAUAUUAGUUUUAUGGUCAAUUUUAAAACUAUUAAAUUAAUUUGUUUAUAGGAUAUUGUUAAAAAUUUAAGAGAUAAUUGGAAUUAUCUAAAGAAUGCAAAUGGAGAUUUUCUGAAAAAACCAUCAGUAAAAUCUAUGGAAAUAAAAAAAGGUAAGAUUUUUAUUAAAAUUAUAUUUAGAUCAAAAAAGAAAUUACAUUAACUGAAGUGGUAUUUAUUACUUUUAAAACUAGAAUUUAGCCUAUUAAAACUAGAAACUUAAUUAUCAAGAGCCAGUAUAAACUAGAUUAGGUAUACUAUUAUAUCUAAACAAGAUAUUUUAUUCAAAUUUAAUAAUAACCUACAUGCAAAAAUGGUUAUUAUCUUGAUAUCAGUGGAGUAUUUACAAUUUUAUCCAGGUGGGAGAUGUUGCAUUUGGAAAUGAAAUUUUUAAUUUAUUUCAGAGUUUCUCUAAUUAAAGCUAUAUCAUCUGCAAUCAUAAUGCAUUAUGGUACCUUCUCUCACUUGUUGUUCCUGUGCACAUCUGAGAUGGGACAAUCCACCCAAGGAAUUUCUCAUAUCAUUGACAGAAUUUUAUUCCACUUGUCAACCUGACACAACUCCAUUUGUCGCUUCUUAUGUAGAGAUUCCAUGAGAAUUUUCUUAUCCCCCUCCCACAGGAAGAAUUUAGUUUAGACUUUAGAGUUAAGAGAUAAGAAGUAGCUUGGAUAAUAGAAAAAAUAGAUUGGAAUAGUUUGGGCAUGUCACAAGAAGAGAGGAAUCUAAAGCUGGUAAUCAUUUUAUGAAUAUAAAUUUAGGAAAAAAGAGAUACAAACAAAACCGAAAAAGAGAUGGUUGAAUGCAAUUGAGAAUUAUAGGGGACAGCUGAUAUACGUAAGGUGAGAGAUUGGGUGAAAUAGAAGUUUAGAAUGAGAAUGCCCGACCCCAAAUAGUUGAGAUGAACGCAAGGAGAAUAAGAAUAUUUUUUAACCUAUACAAAAACAAAUAUAUCCAUUAGGUUUUGGAAAUAAACACAAUAAAAUACCUGAGAAUUAUGAAAUUUAUUUUGAAUAAAACUAUUUUUAAUAUACCUACUAAAAUUAUUGUAAAACCGAAUGUUAAAAGCCAAUAAAAGUUUUUACAUUUAAAUUGUGUCGACAGUAUCCCGUACACAAUUUACAAUCAUAAUUGUUAUUUAUAUUUACGUAGGAAUUAAAAUUUAAAAAAUGAAUUUAUCAAGAGCGCAUGAGUUGUGCUUAGAUUUAUAAAAAUUGGAUUCAGGUUUUUUAAACAUAAUUAUCUAUCAAUACUCGAAGUUUGUUAUGAAAACGCAUUCUGUUUAAAACCUAACGGACAUAGUUACUUAAAACCUGCAAGGGCAUGGCAUUCCUUUUUUUUACAAAUACAUGUGGCCGGGCUCAAAUUUUUUUUAACAAAAAUGUGCUAAUCAUUUCUUGCAUUUUUGUUUUUACUCUGAUAUCACCAAACCUACAAGGAUAAAACACUCCCCAUCUUCCCGGUUUAAAUAAAUAAUUGAUCCUAAGUUUUAAAAACCACUAGUUUUGUUAUAAAUACACACGUUUUAGUUUUGAUAUAAAUCAGUAGACCCUCAGUUCGUGCUUCAUCAAAAAUCUGGAUAUGAUCAAAUUAUGAUAAAUAUCUUGAUUCCAAGAGUGUUUUCAUAUGUCAUCAAAAAAUCCGUGUCAGACCGGGCUUAUAAAAAAUCUUGGUCUAGUUGGGCUUUGACAAUAAUUUUUAAACCCGGCCGAACUUUUCGACGCUAAUAAAAUCCUAGCCAGGAAUUGUCGGCCCAUGCAAGCCUCUAAUAGUUACCUACCUAAUAUUUAUAUACUAUAUGUAUUUGCAAGUUAAGUAGUAGUUUGAGAGGCGCAUGCAACGGAUAUAUUCGUAAUAAAUUAUUCACUUAUUCACGUACAACGUGAUUGGUAUUUUGCGUUAUUUUAUCGAUGUGAAAAUUAUGAAAAUGGGGACCUGGGCCAGACUUAACGACAGCAGAAAAAGCAAAUUCCGGCUUGCCCAAUUGCAUUUUUGAAAAUUUUUCCUUACUGUUUUUCUCAUCCUAUAUAUUAGGAAUCGGUCACCGUGGCCCUAAAUCUCCACUUGAUUGAUCCGGUCUUUCACAUCCUAUUUACAUUUCCCUAUAAUAUAGUCCUCAUAUCACCCUCAGUCGUAUCCAAUAAUUUCCAUUUCGUUAUUUUUUCCUUCAUUCGUUUAAAUUAAUUUGUAAGACUACUCUAACAGCUCUUCUUUUCUCGUCACAAGUUUGAAACACUGCAGUCUCGAUCAUAUUGUAUAUAAACAAGAGUUAUUAUAAAGGUUAAGUUUUUUGAUUUGAUUAUUCUAUAUUAUCCUACCAAAAAAAGAUAUACAUUUUAUAAAAAAAAAAAUACACAAAUAAAAACUAUACAAACUAAGAUUUAUUUGUUAAUUUUCCUAUGGUUGUUAAAUUCAAACAAAUUAUCAAAUUUUGCAUUCAAAAUUAUCCUCACUCGUAAAAUUAUUACGACUGCUAAAAAAACUAGAUAAGUAAUCCAGUCGGUUCCGCAGACAGAAUUGUUGGGCCCCCUUCCCCCGGGCCCGAACUUUUCUCUCCACCGCUCCGAACUGAGCCAUCGAAGAAUACCUAGUUGCGUAGUUCGGCGACGUUCACAGAGAUCAAUAGAAAGAGUGGAAGAAAACUUUGGAAUAAUAACGCAAUAAUAUACAACAUCGCGUGCGCCUGGGGGUUUCGCCCUAACGCUAUAGCCGCACAGUAUGAGAGUGGGAGUACUGCUUGUACCAACGCACACGAUAUAUACCGUGUUGAGUAACUAUGUGCAUUAUGUAUAUGUUGGCAUUUUUGUGCUAGUGUGUGUUAGUGUGCUUUACCCGUUCGUCACUGGUUGUGCGCGGCUUUCAGAAAGUCGCGCGUCGCGGUCUAAUGGGUGGCGAGGAAAGUGCCGGCCGGUCGUAUGGUAUGACUCCACCCACUUGUGUAUCAAUCGAUGAGGGUUACUGCCGCCGCGCUCGAGCACACUGGGUACAUCUCGCGCGCGUUACUUGUUCCGGUCCAUCCGCACGGCGGCGAUAUCGGCGGACCAUCCCUUCACCCUUCCCGAGCGCCCGGGUGGCAUUCAGCCAUGCGGCCGUUGCCGAUCACUACUAUACGCGGUUCCGGGGGUUUUGUUUUUCACACAUUUUAUUUUUAACAUUUUUUUUUUUUAUUUUUUUUUUUUGCCAUUUACUUCUAGUUAUCAAACACUUAAAGGAUAAUAAUUCAUGGACUAUGUUUCUAUUGUAAGUAGUAGUAGUGACUAGUGGCCUCAUUCAUAAUGCAACAUAAUAAUAUAUUUAUAUAUACUUAUAUUAUUAUUAUUAUUGUAGUUUUAGUAUUUGAUGUAUUGAAGUAGGUUUGGACGGCAUUAUUUCUUCUGUUUACAAUCCUUCACCUUUUUUCAUGUAAAUAAUGUGUUUAUAUUUUAUGCAAAUAUUUUGCUAAUCCAAUUCAAUUUUUUUUUAUAAGAAUAGGUACCUAUAUUCUUUUAUUUAUUUUAUCCUUGCACAUUUGUAUUACAUAUUUUAUACCUAUUUAUGUAAUUAUGUACCUUGAUUUUUGUGUUGAAAAACAUUUUUUUAAAUUUUCAUUUACUUUGUGUAAAAUUCUAUGGGUUUAGUUGAAAUUAUAGGUAUCAACUUACUAUCUACUAUCAGAAAAUAAGUUUAUUUAAUAACUCAAUAAUUUUAUUAUUACAUAUGAAUUAUUAAAUAGACAAAUUAAGUAGGUACUCAUAGACGUGUGCAGACUUCAUCCACAGGUUAUACAAUUAGAAAAUUAGAACCUCAAAUAUAAUUUUAAAAAAAACACCUAAUUUAGUAACGGUAGAUUAUAUAAUUUAUGAGUUUGAAUUAAAUUAAUAGCAAAUAUAAAAACGACCUAAGUUUAAGUAUGUAUAUUGAAUAAUUUUGAGCCCCUAAUAAAGCUGCAAACUAUGCUAAGGCAUAUCCUGCAUACAAUGUUUGUACUUACCUACAUAAAUAUAUUUGAUGUACCUAUAUUUCAAUUUGAAUUUUAAUAAGUACUUUCCUGUUUUGGUAACUAAAAUAUUUAAGUUUAUUAUAAUUUGCUGUUAUAAUCAAUUAUAAUUAUUUUUUAAUUGAACAGUUUAAUGAUAUGUCUAUUAAAAACUAUUUAAAUUUAAAAAAAAAAAAUGUAUACUUAUACAAUACCUAUAGUAUAUAUAUUCAGUUUUCUUAUUAAAAAUUUAGUAGAAUUAACAAGAAAAAAAACAUUUUUCUUUAAAUUUCUUUAACAAGUAAAUAUGUCAAUAAAUUGGUUUGGCAGAUUAUUAAAUUAUAAUUUUUAAUAAUUUAUUUUAAUAUUUAUUUAAUACUUUUUACACAAUUUUAUAGCAGAAGAAAAUUUAAGAAGUCUAACAAAAAAUGCUUCAGUCACUCACUCUCAUUCAAGUUUACAGUCCCUAUCUUCUGUCAAUUCUUCAGAUGCAAUUCUCACUGUGUUAGCAAGUUUUGAUAAAUCUAUUCUUCAGGUAAUAACUUUUUGUAUUAAAUUGUCUAUAAUAUAUAUAUUUUAUGUAUAAUGCUCAUUUGAGUUAUUAAAAUAAUUAUUGGUUAAUAGAUCUGUGAUUGGUUAGCUUUAGAAGAAAGUAUGUUACGUCAACAAUCAGUUACAGUAGGUGAUGUGGACGACAUACUCCAGCUAAUUGAUAAACAGAAGGCAAGUAUAUAAACUAUAAGAUGACUUAUCAUGUGUUAUUUAAUAAUUUUAAAUAAAAUAAAAUAUUAAUAACAUAUUUAAAAUGUUAUUUAUUAUGCAUAUAAUAUGUAAUUUAAAAUAUACACAAUCUAAAAUUGUAAUAUUACAGUAAAAAAGUAAGGUAAUUUUAAAAUAAAGAAUCUAUGUAUUAUAUAACUCAUUUUAACACUUGAAAAUUAUUUAUUAUUUAUUAUAAGUUUUACCUAAAAAGAGUAGCUCAGAACUCAGAUUUAAAUACUGAUUCAUGGUUUUCUUAUACAUUUUUAAUGGUUAAUUCUUUUUCUUAUUAUUAAAUUAAAAAAUCCUAUGAGAUAUGGCAUCUUUAAGAGUAACCCUUUUUAAAUUAGUAUUAUACUUGCGUGUACUGUCUGUCAAUCUCAAUCGUGAAAUACAUCAAAAUUAUGUUAUGCAGAACUUAAAUUAUAGUGUUAAAUUUAAAGUUUCAACAUCUAUAACUAAAUUUGCAUAUCCUAUUUUAAAAUUAUUAUUUUGUCUAAUUCAAAUAAGCAAAUUAUUGUUUCAAUAUAUAUUUUUAAAAAUUGCUUUCUCAUAUUUUCUUUGAUCAUAGGUGUUUCAACUUAAAAUUAUCUAAAUAUUUCAAUUUAUUUUCUGUGUGGCAUAAUGUUGCCAAAUUACACAUUUGAUUGAUUUAAAGGACAUGGACAUAAAGAUAAAUUAUACAUAACUUUCUUUUAACAAAGAAAAAUCAGUUAUCAGUUUUAUGUCAGUAGCAAAUACCAAAAUAUUGGGUAUCAGAAAAAGUCAUUGAUUCAUAUUAUUUUAUAAUAAUUUUAUAAUAUUAAAAUUGAAGUAUUUUGUUAAACUUUCAUUAUUAAUUUAAAUCCUUUAUUUAUUAAUGAAUAACUAUUAUCUAUAAUUGAUAAUUUUGAAAUAAUUCUAAACUAUGAAUGCACAAGUCUCAAUUAAUAAAAACUCAAUGUAUUACUUUAUUAUUUAUUUUAUUUAGCACAUAAUUUUAGUUAAAUAUAAUACAUUUUAAAGAUGUUAGUUAUAGUAUUAUAAUUUAUAUAAGUUGUAUUCUUUGUAUGUAUGCAUUAACACAGGUCACCAUGGCAAUAAAGUGUCUUAAUAGUUUUUUUUAUGUUAUCUGUUUUUCAGUAGACAAGUAAUUUGGAAAAAAAUAUAAUAGUAACUACUGUCUAUUGUAAUAAUUAUAAUACACAUAAGUCAUGAACUUUAAUUAACAAUUAUUAAUUAUUUUGUUUUAAUACACUAAAUAUUGGAAUUUGUUGUAUAAACAUUUUAAUUUCUUAUAUAAUGUCAAUAACUAUUUAGACAAAUUAAAUUAUAGUUAUAUUAAAUAUUUAAUAAAAAAAAAUAAUAAUUUAUUAAUUUUAUUAAAAGUAAAAAUGUUGUUUAAUAGAAUGUAUUACGGGAAUUAGAACAGAAAAAGCCUCAAUUAGAUGAACUUGUCCAUACAGCUGAAAAUCUUAAAGCUGAUUCAAAUCGACAACAAUUGCAUGGCAAAGGUAAUUCAUAAUAAUUAAUUUAGUUAUAUUAAUAAAAAUAUAUUAUUAUUACAUAGUGACUAAAUUAAGAGAACAUUGGGAUGAAACAAAUAAUAAAGUAAUGCAACGUAAAACUGAAUUAAAUGCAAUGUUAAGUGACAGCCAACGUUAUGAUGGAAAAAAAAUGGAAAUAGAUACUUGGUUGACUAGAAUGGAGACGAGAUUACAACGAAUGAGUUCAAUUGGAAACACUGCUGAUGUACUUGAUGCACAACAGAGAGAACAAAAGGUAAUAAAACAUUUUUUAACAAUUGUAAAUUUACAAAAUAAUCAUGUGUUUUUAGUCAUUUCAUGUUGAGUUACAUCAGUAUAAACAUCAGAUUGAUUUAUUUAAUCAACUUACACAAAAAUUAAUCGCUGUUUAUCAAAAUGAUGAUACUUCCAAAAUCAAAAAAUUAACAGAACAAGUACAUCAGAGAUUCCAAAACUUAAAUACUAAGUAAUUCUUUUUUUAUUUUAAAUAUUUGACAUUAUUUUAGAUUUUGAGCGGAAAGAAGAGAAUGUUUUGGUUUAAGAAUGAUGUUUAUUUUUUUUUCUGUGAACAACUUAUACAAGAAAUUUCUCUCCGAUUUUUAAGUGUAAAAUUUUUUUUUGAAAGGAUAUUUGACUAGAAUGGUAUUUUAUUAAGGUCUUUUUUUAAUUUUCCUAUUGGUAUUCAUAAUAAAUGGGUGAAAAAAAAAGAAAAACUAGAAAAUUUACGAAAUGUAUUAUUUUCAAAUUGUAACUAAUGCGGGCUUUCAAAACAUGUGUAACCAAACUCCGCUCAGAAUCUUUUUUCAUUAGUAAUGGUAUAUAUAUUAUUGCGUACAGAUAUACAUAUAAUUUUUUCUUAACCCUCCCAACUUUUCAUUUACAACAUUAACCCAUCUAUCGUGCAAAUUAUUGAAAUUAAGUUUUCUUUUUAGCAUUAUAAGCCGAGGAAAAGUAUUACAUUCAGCAAUGAAUUCUUUACAAAAUUUAGACAAAUCAUUUGACAACUUUUUAGGAUGGUUGUCUGAAGCAGAAUCAUCUAUGGAAACAAUUGAAGCUGAAUUCGAUAGAUGUAAUACACUCAAGCGAGAUAACAUUACUGCCAUGAAUCUACUAAAGGUAUGUAAUUGAUUAUGUACUAUAUAUUUAUAAAUUGUAAUAUUACUUAUUAGUGACAACUUAAUGGUGUCUUACAAAUUUCAGGAUUAAAUAAACAUAUUUUUAAUUGAAGAUGAUUUAAAUUAAGUUUUAUAAGUAAAUGUAUUAAAAGUUUUGCUCUGUAGUUAAUCUUAGAGAAGUACAACUUAAUAUAAGGCAAAAUAUGUCAUUGGUAAUAAAAGGAACAAUAGUAUUUUGAGAAAAAGCCUAUAUUUAUUUAAUUAAUAGAUCAACUUGACAAAAUAAAAACAUGCUUUAGAACAAACUCUAAAUUAAAUAACUAAUAAUUUAUAAUUUAUAUUUAUAUAUCAUUGGACUAGUUACUCUAUAAAAGUAUAUAUUUAUUAUAUAUAUUUUUUUUUUUUUUAUACAGUUGGGGAUUUCAAUUUCUAAACUUCCUACUAUCUCCUCAUUUUUUAAGUUCCAUUGUAAUACAGAACAAUAUAUAUAUAUAUAUAUAUAUAUAUAUAUGUAUGUAUCUUACAGUUAAAGUGAUUAAGUAGUUUAUGAAUUAACUAAAAAAGCAUAGGUUAAGUUAGGUAUGUAUAAAAUGUAUAAUUUAACUAGGUAUUAUAUUAAUUUCUAUUAUGCCACACCUGUUAAAUUUUCGAAUCUUGUCAUUUUUCUAUCCAACAUAAAAAAUAGAUUAGAUUAGAUUAACAUUGAAUUUAUAAUAUACAUAGACUCCUCCAAUGAAGAAGGCAGUAACUCAAAUUGUAAUAUUUUUUUUUAAUAGUAAUUAGGGCUGUGAAAUUAAUACGGUAUAAAACCUUAAAAAUGCACUUAAAAUGGUUUUCAAUUUAAUUUUAAAUUCUGAGUGUAGUGAAAAAUGUAUUGGUUUUUAGAUGGUUUUUUUUUGUACAAAAAUUCGACCAGAAAUCUUGCUCAGAUUUUUACGCGCGGUAUCAUUUCUAAAAUGGAAUUUUGUCCAGAUGGUACUUUUAGGUCAUUUUUUGAUUUUCCAUGCGGUUUUCAUAAUAUCUGUAAAAAACCAGGAUAAAACUUAAGAGAAACAGGAAAUGUAUAAAAUAAACACUUUUAUUAUUUGUUGAAAUUCAGUUAAAAAUAUUCAUAAAAACUUAAAAUUUGGACAGAAAACUUAUAAUUGCCUUUUCUAGACGUGGUCAAAUUUUUAAAAAAUUCAAACUAUUUUUAAGCUGUUUAUAGACAUUUUAAUUUUUCAAAUUUUGUACGUAAUUUUUAUUCGGUAGGUACUCUGUUGUUAAAUUGUUAAGACUUAGCAGAAAUGCACUUUCUAAAAAAUUCACAGCCUCAGUUAUAAUUAAAGUAUGAUGAAAAUCAUAAAUAUUUUGACCUUUUAAAACAUGUAUAACCAACCAUUUCUCUGAAUUAUUUUUCGUUAUCAAUGGUAUUUCGUUGGUAACAGGUAUAACUUGAAUAACUUUGUGUAUCCCACCUUUCCAAUUACUCACCUACAACUACAACAGUGGCCACACUCAUUCCCAGCAUCAGCUUACUUUUUUUUUUAAUUAUGUAGGUAUUUUAACACUAUUUUAAAUAAUUAUUUGUAAUUACAUUGUAAUGCAGCGGUUCUCAAACUGUGGUACCACCUGCGGUAGGCAACAUAGUGGUACGCAGAAGGCCACAUGGUAACUGUACAGAAAAUAAAUUAAUCCAUAUUCGUACAAAUGUUUUUUAAUUGAUCUAAUACUUUAUUUUAUAUUGAUAAUAAAUUAUAAUAUUUUACUGUCUUAUACUCGUUAAUUUUUAAAUAAAAUUAAAAACAUUAUGAAUUGUUCAAUUUUUAGUUUUACGUGGUACAUGACAGAUCCAUAAUACAUAUAAGUAGUAUGCGAAAUUAAAAGUUUGAGAACCUCUGUUGUAGUGUAUUAUUGUUAUUGUAACUAAAUUAGAGAACCAAACAUACUGUAUCUAACAUUGGGGACCAAACAUUCUAUGGCUAAUAAUUCCCAGGGACUAAUUGUCUUUAAUAAUUGCUGUGUAUGAAACAUCUGUAAGCUUAAUUUUUUGGUAGGGAUAAAACCCAAAUAAGCAUGUAUACACAAUUUUUAAGUGUUUGUACUACUAGAUGUGAGAGUGUACAAAAUAAAAUAAAGUAUAAUAAAUAAUUUUUAACAAUUAUUAAUUUUACUUAUUUUGUAAAGUAACUUACUUCCAAGUAUUUAAUUUAAAUCAUCUUCAACAAAAAAUAUUUAUAUUUGAUCCCAAAAUUUGUUUAACAUUAUUUACACAAUAUUAAUAAAAUAUGCAGAUUCAAUAAUUGUUAGAGUUCAUGAUUGAUGGAUUAUCAACUAUUAUCUACCUAUAUAAAAUUACAAGAAUUUGAAUGAAUAGAUAGUUUUACUGCUUAUAAAUCUGAUUAAUGUGCUAUCAUUUGUGUGACUGGAUAGUUCUCCACUGCCCUACCUACCUGUAUCACAUUGCAAAAAGACUAACUUUAAUAGUUGUAUAUUUUGCCAAUAAGUUAAUGAAAAUUACAAAUUUCAAUAUCAAACUAAUUGCAUCUAAAUUUUCAUAAAUUUAUGAAAUUCAUAAUGUAGUAAUGUUGUAAUUUGAAAAUUAAUCAUUGGUAACAGGAUUGGGAAGUGUUUUAAACAAAGUCCUUAUGUUUGAAAUAUGUUAAAUAUAAUUAAUAUUUAAAACGUUUUAAAAAUUCAAUUUAAAUAACUAAUAUGUUCUGAGGAGUAAAGAUAUACAUAUCUUUACUAUAUAUUACAAUAUAUAGUUCAUAUUCAUAAAAUAUUAAUGAAAAUAAAUUAUUUCUUUUACUUUUUGAUAAAGAAGUAACAUUUUUUUUAAUUGUAGUCCUGUUUUUAAAUAGUUAUUAUAACAUUAUAUUUAUAAUUAACUAUAGUUUUAAUAUAUUUGCAAAAAAAAAAACGGUUUCUUUUGUAACCCUUGUUGGUAGUGAUUUUAUGAAAAAUAUAAGUGAAAAAAAAUAAUAUAUAAUUUGUAAAUAGCAAUGGCUUAUGCAUCUUACAUUAACAAAAAAAAAAAAACUUUAAUUAUAGUCCAUAUAUUGAUACUUUCCAAUAUAAUGAGUGUUUUGCCUAAACAAUCAGUUGGUAUAUUGUUAUUAUGAGUUUUUAAAUGUAUAAUAUGCAUAAUUAUGGUUAGGCUAUUGUGGUAAAUUUGAAAAGUUAACAAUUUUAUAAGUUUGUUCUUACCAUAGAUCUUAAACUAAUAAUUAAUAGGCAGAAUAUGGUAGUAUUUCUAAAAACCAUGCAUGAAUGCACUGAAUACUGAUCAAGGUAGUACAUAGUACACUACGGCCGUCAACCACACAUGACUACAUGAGCAAUAAGCACAGUAACUACAGAAUUAUUGUACUAUAAUUUAAAAUUUUAUCCUGUGCGUUAUCACACACCGUUUACUAUCCAUAGAGCAAUAUAGAGGUGCCAUUUUGACGACAAAUUGAGGCGAAAAACGAAGACAAAUUUUACAGUAUUACCAUUUCAUAGGCACUAAAUUAUUGUACAGAUUUAAACGGUCAACUAUACAUUUAUAAUUUACUUAUUGAACCAUAAUAAUUUUCGCCGUAAUUCAAAAAUCAAUGGUGUUGGGACGAUUGCUGUUGAUGUUGGAAGUCAGUGAAUUGGAGAUUUUAUUGUACCAAAUAUUAUUCUCAUGAUGAUAUUAAGUUGGGUCUUGGGUAUCAAGUUUUGAUUCGUGAACACUGUUUAGCCGAACGGGUGCGCAAUAUUUAGCUAGCGAGUAGAUCAAGCCUAGGGUUGAGCGAUGUAAAGUAUGAGCAGAAGCAUCCCAUCAUGUGCCACAAAAUUGUUGUGUCAUAUUGUUCUGGAGCUGAGCUUGGCGGCAAUGUUUUCGAGAUGUAUUUCGAAAUAGAGUGUACGAUCUAAUGUUACGCCAAGGUAUUUGGGAAGAUGAUUAUGAUUUAGGAUGGCUCCAUUGAAAGUUAUCUUGAGUUGGACAUUAGCAAGUUUAUUAUUGAGAUGGAAACAGGUCGCUACAGUUUUACUAGUGUUGAUUUUUAAUCUCCAGUCUCGGAAGUACCUAAUUAUCUAAACUCUAAAGUGAUGAGAUCCUCUAUAAAUACUAUUUCUGUUUCAGCUUGAUCUUUAUGUUAGGUAGUAAUGGCGAAGUCAUUGGCGUAUGCGAAUUUAAUAUAAAUAGAACUAGAACUCUAUUUAAAUUAACGUUUUAAAAAUAAUGGUGUCAAAAAAAAUUUCCGCAGAUCAUUAGUUUUUGAGUUAUAGCGAUUUUAAAUUUGAAUUUUUCGACAGUUUAGUUAAAUAAGUAAUUUGAUUCCAUCUUAGGUCCGUUCUUACCAAUGUAAACCUCGAUUUUUAAACGGAGUUUAUAAGAUAAUAGACCAAUCGUCGUUCGUUAUCAGCAAUAAACUCAGUUUAAGAAUCAGAUAACCGUCUUUUUUUACGUUGGUGAAUGUGUGCUACAGUGGUUGUGACGCGGGUUAGUCAUAAAAGAGUUUCGUGGUGAAUUCCAUCUGACACACCGACUUUGUUUUCGAUUUUUCACACUAUUAAUUUUGGAAAUAUGACACUAAUGAAUGCAGUUAAACAAGUUUUUAAAAAUCUAUUAAAACCUUUGUUUUUUCUAUUGUUACCUACCAUUGUUAUGCACAACAAAUCCAGUAGGUAAAUAAAUAAUUAUUCAAGGUGUCUAUCUAUUGUUUUAAUAAUCACAAAUUCCUAUUAACUAUGUUGUGAAACAAAAAUAAUUUGAUAACUAUAAAAAUGGGAUUAAUUUGGCAGCGAAAUGAAACGGCGGCGAAACGGGAUACGACCUUCUUAACAACGUCUCUGACUACUAGUCGUGCGGGUGAUAAUCGUUUCCGCCAAAAUAAUAUUGGCCGUUUUCGCCACAGCGAAAAACUUUCCGCUAAAAACAAAAAAGGUACGACUCCUGUUUCCGGUCAAAUAUAAUUUGGAAACUGAUGGUUUUAAUAUAUACAACGAUAGAUAAUCGUCGAUAACAAAAAUAUAAACAACAUCAAAUAAUCGAUAAACCAUAAAUAUAGCGAUAGUUUAACAUCUGAGUAUAAAGAUAAUUACUGGUUAAAACACAUUUUUGGGUUAACAUUUUUAGACCUUUUCGAAAUAUCGGACUGCAAUUAUUAAAAAAAAGUCCAAUGAAGGUACACUAGGUAAAUUAGUAGGUACACUUUUGUCAAAAUUAUUUCUUUUCAUUUUUAGCUGUAAUUUAAAGCUAUGAUUUUAAAAAAAAAAAAAAUUCCUUUAAUUUUAUUUUAUUAUUUGACUUAUUAUUAUCACUUAAUUGAUUAAUUAGGUAUAUGGUUCCCAAACCUUCUUUUUACUAAAAUACAUUUUGCUGGAAACGGUAAUCGUACCUUUUUCGUUUCGGGCGGAAAAAGGCUAUGCGUAAAGUAGGGAACCGGUUUUUUGGCGAAAAAAGGCCAGGCGUGCGUACGGGUACGGCCUAUACGGCAUGUGCUGUACCUGUAUUAUUUAAUUCCUCAGUUUGCUAACUUUCUCUAAAAAUAUGUUUUUACUUUUUUUUUCAUUACUCAAUGUGUUGUAAAAUAUCUGUGAAUAAGACACAGAAUAUACUCUAUUAUUUCAUUGGUAAGACUGAGGUCCUAUACGUUCUGGGAACGAGUGAAAAUCUGGAAUGUACAAACCUUAAAUCCAAAGUAUUACGGUUAUCGAAAUUUGUACCGUACAAUCCUAGAAUAUAAAAGUCUGGAAUGUACAAAUCUUGAAAAAUAAUUUUCUAUUAAUACUUAACUGAAUUACAGCAACAAAAAAAAAAAAAAAAAAAAAAAUACAAUUUAAAAUAAUAAAACAUUUAUUUUCGUAAAUUUUCUUACAUAUAAUCUAAUUUAAAAAUGCUACAACAAUGAUAUUUUAUCAUUUUUCUAUUAAAGUGAUAUUUCUGGUAGAAAACAUAAGCCGAACAAAUUGAAAAUAAAGAAAAUCAUGACAUCGUAAAUUAAUGAGUUUUCAAUUUUGAGUCUUUUUUGGGUUUUUUCCAAUUAUUAUGAAAAAUACUUGUAAAACCAAAAACUGCUCAUAGUGCGAAUUAUGGAAACAAAAUAUUUUAUGUGUUUUAAACCUAUCCUGCGAGUUUGAACUCUAUCUCCUCGGACAUUAUCUCAUGUAUAACUUUCAAAAAUGAUCAUACAUAACAGUGGUCUAUCUAUGGUAUGAACUGUACCAAACAUGAAUUACCAUAAGACUUUAACUUGCUCUGCGUGGUUAAGUUCACAAUUUCAUCGGCAAGUACCUUAUUAUCAUUUAAAUGCUAGCGAACAAAAAUACAGGCUAACGGAGAAAUUACAAUAAAUACCUAUAAGGGGCUAAUUAAGUAAUUAAUACGAUUUAUUGUUUUUAAAUACAAUAAAUAAAAUUAAUCUAGUUUACAUUAUUAUUGUCAACAAUAGAAAUUUAAAGCGCUUAUAAAUUUAUUUAAUAUAAUACCUGUAUUAUGAAUAAAUAUUUAUAAUAAAUAAUAAAAAUGGUAUUGUAAGGAAAUAUAAAAUAAAUUUGAGAUUAAUAAUUUAAAACAUAUAUAUAUAAAUAAAAUUUAAUUCAGUUGCCAAGAAGUCGGAUUUGAUUGCCCAUCACAUUUUUUUUGGAUCAACAGGCGAAGGUGACGUUGGACUAAUCUAAGUCACUGCAGUCACAUUCGCCUGGAUUCAGAUUCGUCUGCUACACCGGUAUUAUAGUAUACCGUUCCAUACCAGUACUUACUCGUAUAUUGCAAUACUAGUAUUCCAUUUCAAUAGCGUCAACACUAUGCUAAUAUAUUAUUUAGGUCACACUAUAAUUUCAUACUGAAUCAUAUAUAUUUUUUAAAAAACAGAUUUCGCAAUUGCUGAGAGAAUUUUCCCAUUUUUAGUUUUUUUUUUUUGUUUUCAUUAUAAAAAGAAUAAGAAAACUCAUAAAAAAUCUAUUCCAUUCCAUCCAAAAUUCUACCAAAAAUCCUCUAUUAAUUAUGAAGUUUAGAGCUAGUCUUCUUGUGAAAAUCAUGUUGACAAAUAGACUUAUAUAAAAACUGACAUACUUCACAUGUGGGUGGGCCACUGUUGUAGGUGAUAAGUUGGGAAGGUAGAAGGGAAAUUUAAUGUAUAUCUGUACGCAACGAUUAACAAUUGCUAACGACAAACGAUCCUUAGCGGAGUUCGGUUAAUAGUAUUACUUUGUUAACAAUAUAUAUAUAUAUGUCACAUUAUGGUAAAAAAAUUACAUAUGCAUUAUAAAUUUUCUUUAAUAAUAUUUAUUUUGUCAUUUUUUUUCGGUUUUCCCAUGUUUUUCCCAUUUAUUGAGAAAACUCCCUAGGGAGUCCCUUCUGUUAAACUUUUAAGGAUUUCUGUUAAUUCUAACGAUUUCACCACAGAAUACUUACCGAAUAAAAAUACGUAUUAAAAUCGGAUAAUUAAAAUGUCUAUAAAUAGCUCAAAAGUGGCAAAAAAAAAUUUGAAAAUUUUACCACGUCUUCAAAAAGCAAUUAUUAGUUUUGCGUUCGAAUUUCUAGUCUAUGAAUCUUUUUAACUGAAUCACAAAAAAAAAUUAAAAAUAAUAAAACAAUUAUUUUCGUAAAUUUCCCGUUUUUUUUACAUUUUAUUCUGGGUUUUCCCCGAUAUUAUGAAAACCACUUGGAAAAUCAAAAAAUGAAUUCCUUAAAAUACCAAUAUCUACCAAGUAGACAAUAUUUCCUAUCAUAAAUUGUAAUGCACGUAUAUCGAAACAUGAUUUCCUGUAGAAUUUCUAUACACAGUAUAAAAAAAUAAAAAGAAGUCAUAGGAUUAUGGGGACGGAUGCAGCCACUGUUAUAGGUAAUUUAGUGAAUACCUAUACCUAUAAGCAACGAUAAAGCAUUGUUAUAAAAAACGAUUUUGAACGAAGUUCAUUUGAUAGUGAUGCUUUGUCAACAUAUAUAUGCCAUAUUAUAGUAAAAUAAUUAAGUAGACUCUUUAUAUUUUCUUUAAAAAUAUUUGGUUAAAAUUGUACCGAUUUCCCCGGUUUUCUACGUUUUUCUUGGUUUUCCUAUGUUUUUUCUCAGUUUUUCUCAUUUGCUGAAAAAAAUCUGGAGAACACCGAUAAACGACCUCUCUAAAGUAUUUCCCCACACCGAUUUCCUUUCAGAAAAAUCGCUUCACCUAAAAAUUAGAUCAAAUUCUCUGGUAGAAAAGUUGUCCAUAUUAAAAUAACAUUUUUGUAAAACCAUAAGCUUCAUUGCUUCACUCAGAAUCUAAAACGUAAUAGUUAAACCAUUGAUUUUAUAAUAUAAAAUAUAUAUAUUAUAAAAUCAAUGGUUAAACCAAUACGCUGUGGUCUGAAUCUAAAAUCCUAAACACCAAAGUUUUAGUAUACAAUAUUGAAUAUAUUUAUUUAUAUUGUUAGAAUCAUAAUUUGUUUUUAAAAAAAACUGGUGUAUUUGGCCAUCUGGACUUUAUAUAAGAUCGAAAAUAGAUAUAAGUGUGUUUAUGACAGUUGUUAAUCCUACACUCUUAUCCUGACCAAUGUCUGAACAAAUGUAUGCUUUGUAAUAUUUUCAUUGUAGUUGACGUUUCUAUCUCGAAUGACAUUAUUAGUUUUGAGUUAUAUAUUUUUUUUAUACUCACGUUAUAUAUUUAUUUGAUUAUAUACUUUAAUGAUAUUUUAUGAGUUUAGUUACAUGUAGUGCAUGUAUUAUACUGUCUAGUGUGUAUCCUAUAGAAGUUCAAGCCGCCUUACAUUAAUUAUGGUAAAAUAAAUUAGAUAUUAUAAAUAUAUAAAUGUUCUCAGUGGCGCCGAACCAUGUUCAACAAGAAGAUUAUACAGAGUUAUAUUUAAAGUCAUCUGUUUUAUUUUAAUUACUUAAAGUCACUCUUUUUAAGUAUUCUUUUACAAUUUUAUAAAAAUAAUUAUUAUAUUGAUAUUUAUUACGAGAUCUUGGUACAGUAUCGGUUCCAAUGGGUUAUCCAAUUUUUUGUUUUUUUUGGUAUUAAAAUGAGUUUCAAUUUGUUUAAAUAAAUAAACUUACCUCACGUAAGUGGUCUUUUUUUCACAAAUUAAAUCUUACCUAUUCGGAUUUAAUUUAAUUUAAUUUUGACAAAACAACUUAGAUAAUAUUAAUAUUAAUAUAUCUAUUUGUAUUCAAAAUUAUAGUUAGUUGAAUUAAAAUGAAAAACUUAUACAUUUAUAAAAUUAAAUCUAUAGAUAUUUUUUUUCUUUAGCAAAUCUGUCAAUAAUAUCACCCACAUUAAAUUCUAUAACUCUAUGCAUAUGUAGAAACGCCAAACCAGUCAACCUUUCUUUGCCCAUUUUUGCCCGUAACCAAGUUUUCUAUCUAAAAAUAUUAAAGCUUAAAGUAAAAAAAUUAUAAUAAACUAAUAAAAGCCAACUAUAAUCGUACCUAAUCUAAGUAACUAAGUCUUUAAUAUUAUUCAAGCUGGAGUAUUUCUGGUUACCAGUAUCAUUAAUACUUGUAGUUUAUGAUUAUCACGAUUAAGAAAGAUUAUAAUAUUCAUAGUUAGCGAUCAAACCAAUUAGUUGCCACCUAAAAUGGGCUCUAUAGACUAUAUUUUUUUAUAAUAUUUUACCAGACAUCAAUAUCACUUCAUUUGACUCAUCAGGCCCCCAUUAUAGCAUUUGAAUUUUGAUCGCCAAUAAUAACAAUUACACUGCACUUAAAAUAUAACAUAUCUAUGAUAUAAAUGUGCACUAGCGAGGUACUUUAAGGAGGUCAUUUUUCGAUUUUUUCAGGAGUUUUCUCAUCAAAUUUUGAAAACAGAAAAAAAUAGGAAAAUAUAAGAAAUAUAAAUAUUAUUUAUAAUAUAUUACGGCUAUCUUUUUUUCUGUACUUAACUUUUCCACCAGAAAUUUUGCUCCAACUUAUAAUGAUAGUAAAGUUUUUUAAAAGGAAAUUUCACUAGGGAGGUACUUUAGAGAGGUAAUUUUUCAAUUUUCCCAAAAAAUUAUCCAUCAAAUGUGAAAAACCAGGAAAAACGUAGGAAAACUCGGAAAAUCGGUACAACAUUUAACAAAUAUUAUUAAAGAAAAUAUAUAAAGCUUAUUUAUUUAUUUUACUGUAAAAUGGCAUAUAUAUUUUUGACAAUGCAUCACUAUCAACUGAACUCCGUUCAGAAUCGUUUUUUCCUAAGGAAUGGUUUAUCGUUGCUUACAGGUAUACAUUAAAUUAUCUAUAAUAGUGGCUGUACCCGUCCCCAUUAUCCUAGGACGUCUUUUUAGCCACUUAAUUGUACAUUUUAACCUUUUUUCUCACUUAUUUUCAAACCAUUGACCACUCCCAGCAAAUGACUAUCGUUUUUCUAGGGUUGAUUUCAAGGUUACCAUGGAUAUAUCUGAAAAAACUACAUUAGUAGUUGUUAGUAUUUUUAGUAAUUACCUUACUAGUUUUUUUAGUUCCACUAACAAUGAAUCAAAGUAUAUUCGAUUCUUUUCCUGAGCCAAAAAAAAAAAAAAAAUCUGUAGAUAAAUGCUCCUAUCAAUCUGUUCUAUCUAGCAAAAGAGACUCAUUAUUUCGGGAAGUAUUACAUUUUUUUCAGAAUUUGUUUUGUAGAACAUUUAUGAAAUAAGCAGCUUUACUUUUUUACAUUCGUGUUAUUUUUUCUCACUCUUAUUUUUGGUGGUAAAACCACUACCUACUUUUGAUUUUCAAAUGGCAAUCUAUAUUAAAAAUUCCAUGAAUAGAUGGAAUAUUAGUUAAAACAAAUGUUGGUGUUGAAAUGUUUGAUUUUUAUCAAUCCAUUGACGAAACAUUCCACUUUCAAGUUUGUAUGAGGGAGAGUAGUGGAGCAUCAUUUGUAUCAUGGCACGGCACGCGGAGUUUAAUAACGCACCGUAUACUACUUUCCCCCGACCCAAACUUAAAAGUGGAAUAUUUCGUCAAUGGAUUGACGGAAAUCAAACAUUUUAACACCAAAAUUUAUUAUAACCAAUCUUCAUCUUAUUUAUGGAAUUUAUAAUAUAGGUUGUCAUUUGGAAAUCAAAAGUAAGUAGUGGUUUUACCCCCAUAAAUAACAUAAAUUUAAAAUUGUAGAGCUGCUUAUUUCAUAAGCAAACAUAUUUGUACAAACAAAUUCCAAAAAGUUAAUACUUUCCGAGUUCUUCCGAGAUAAUGAGUGUUUUACGCUAAAUUGAUCACUCUGUAUAUUAUAAAAAAUAUUAAAAUCUACACUAUUAAACUUUAUAUUUGUAUUACUAUUGUUAUGAAACGGAUUUGUACGUUGUACUCCAAUUAGUAUAAUAUGUUUCUCUAUUUACAAAAAAAAAAAAAAAAAAAAAAAAGAAACUAAAAUGCAUGGAACUCACGAGUAUAAUAGUUAUUAAAACUAUUCUCGUUUUUAAUAUUCUAAAAGAAAACAAUUAACUAUAAAACUAGACCUGGAUUAUGGUUUUUGCUGCCCAUAAGCUAUAGUAAAUUUGUCACAAAUAUUUUUUGUACUACACCAUAAAAAACAUAUGCUAUAUAUAGUUGCCACUUUUAAAAUUUGCCUCCGUAAGUGUAGUCUAAACAGUAAUAUGGCCCUGGAUAAAACCAUAUAUUGAGAAAAUCGGUGUAUGUAUAAGAGUUAACGGAUAAAAUGUUAAACAAACAUCAUUAUAAAAAUAUUAUGUAGUAAUAUAUACUCGUAGAAAUGUCUCGCGUCGCGGACAUAUUAUUAUGAUCGUGGCCCGGAAAGACACGAAAAGAUUGCGUCUCGGAGGUGCUAUAAAUACAAGAAAUCGAACCCGAAUCUCCGGACCGGCGCCCGACGACGGCUAUUGGUCACCUAUGACCGAUUGUUGGACGGUAUCGUGGCGGGCAAGCGUUAUGAACGACAGUGGGUAUAAUAACACGCACAAACUCGUAUAAACGCGCACGUGACCCGGCACCGCAACAACCUCUCGAGUAAAUUGCAUGCGUGUACGCAGAACGAGCGCCGCCGUACAUGCGCGCCCUCCGUGUUAUUAUAUAUACCUCUUCACGCCGGUCCGCGGUGGCGUCAGCGUCGUUGUCGUCUCUCAAUCCGCGUCGCAAUCGGUCUCCGAGUUCCCGACACGCGGCCGUCGGUCUAUCGCGAAGGUGGUGGUCACUUACCGCCAUGUCUGACGAACAACAGCCCCGCGGUCUCGGUUCUUCGUCCAGACACAAGAUCACUUCGGCUCUGCAAGUGAUCCGGAAGAACGCAGUGUACCGUUCGAUCGUUAUGCGGUUGGGCCACGCAGGCGACACUCCGAAAAAAUGCAAAAAGACCCCACCGGCAGGAGCACAUCAUUCGCAGGCGGUUUUGUCGUCCGCGGACGAUGGCGGUUUCGGUGACUGGCGUACCGAAGGGUUACCCGAGCACUCGCACCACAAACCGUCGCCUCCGUGUGCCGUAUCAAGAUCCGUGUCCGAUUACGGUGUGGUGCCGCGGUCUUCGGCUCGAAAACAACAUUCUAACGACACUCGACGCGUAGAAGAAGCGUACAGGCGCGGUUUUUGCGACGGAUCAGUGGCCGACGUGUUUCUUAUGCGACAGACUGUUGCCACACAGCAGCAGCAUCAAAAGCAGCAACCGCCAAUCGUCGGACGACGACGGCGUCCCAGUUCAAUGGAUUUCGUCGAUGGUUCUUCGUGGACUAGACUAAGCUCGUCUUCAACCGUUCCAGCUGGUUUGGGCUGUAGUGGCGCCAAUGACCGCGUCUCGUCUAAAUCACGUGUCGCUACAACACCAACCUCGUCGGCAACCACAGUAGUGGUACACAGAUCGUUGCCUACUAAUGCGUCUCGUUUUCAAAGACACCGCCGGCUUUCGUUGCCCGUGUCGUCGGUUGCCGGUGCUAGCAGUAACUACUCGUCUCAAAAUUCUAUCGACAUCGAAUCCCCAUCAGCCACGGUGCCUACUAAAGCUGCGGCUAUUGCGUUGCAUCAAUUGAUCGAGUGUUACCGGAACGGUUAUCGGGUGACCGAUCACAAGAUCGCUUUAAUGUUGGACAUACUAGACACUCAACAGAGAUUGGCCAAGGUAAAAUUCGGAUGAAUUUUUUCUCUGCGAAAAAAACGGAACUACUAUGUUUAUAUACCCGCACGUCAGUAUGUUAGGGAAUAGGGAACAAUUAUUGUCGUAUAAAUCAUUCGUGCGUAACGUCAUUUUAGUUUUCCACGAAGAUUUAUAUUUUUGUGUCGUCCCGUAAUUGCGGUUCUUGGUAUACUGUUUAAAACAUAUUACAACACGCGUUUCACAUUAAUGGGUAUAGGUAGCUACUUUAUAAUAUAUAUCUGCAAUGUUUUUUUUCUGCUCGAUUUUAUCUCAAAUUGAAAAAAAAACCAAUAAAAAUAUUAAAUUUCAAACCCAAUAAAACGUUUACUCUCCGAAAGUAGUGUAUACAUAUAUAAGUAUAGUACACAUUCGACUUGUGCUCUAGUUCCAAAUCAUUCGCCCUUCUGGGUUAAAUUUGCAUAAUACAUAUCGUUUGGCCGCCUCGGCUGAAAGCAUUUUCACGUUUCGUCGGGAAAUCAUGUCAGGGAAACAUAUUAUAUUAUGUUGUAAAAAAAAAACUAUUUUCCUUUUCAGUAUCUGUUCGAUGAAAUAUUAACUUUAUCUAGGCGUUUUUCUAUAAACUUUUAGCACUUUCUGGAGUUUGGUAAUUAUUAUUAUAUUUAUUAUAGGUCAGAAAACUUUGUCGCUGUAGCAUUCAUUAUUCAUUAUGGCUUUUUAUCAAUCCAGAUACUUGUAAUCCUCGUGCGAAAAAAUUCAAAUAAGUAAUCUUUAAAUCCCUGUUUGAUUAAUUGCAACCCCAAAAUAAAAACUGAAUUUUUUUUUUAGAAAUUAUUGUUAUUGAUGAAGUGAACUAUUCAUAUAAUAUUUCUUCCACCCUAUUUAUAAUUGUAUGAUGUUUAGAAUUUUGGAUGGAGAAUUAAAUAUGACGUGCACAUAGGUACAUUCUGUAUACUAAAUUUACAUUAUCACUUAUUUGUAGUUUAUUACUGUGAUAUGAUACGUCCCUUAAUUUAUUCACAGAAAUCUGCCGUAUUAAAUCAUAAAUAAUCAAUAAGCGUAACUUUUUUAUUACCAAAAGGUAUCUCAUUAAAUAUAGAGGUUUUAAAUUAUUAUAAGUUAUAAAUUCCGUAUCUUCUAUACAGUGAACGCCCAAUUUUCGUGCGUGUUUUUUUAUUUCUUUUAACUUUUAUCUAUUUAUUUUUCCAACUUCAGUAAACUUCUGCUGGAUUACAUAAAUGCUCGUUAAAAAUUUAACGGACAAUUAGAAGUUUUAACAAUUCGUUCAAAAAAUUAAAUUUCAUAAACGUUUUAUAAAUUUUAACGGACCAUUAAAUUUUAGUCUUAAUGGUUCAUUAGUUAGUUAUUCAAUAUCGGUACUGUACAUGUUAACGACUCGUUAAAUUAUAUUAUCAUUAAUCUGUUAUCACUUAUGAUUAAUUUACCUAUAUACAAUGAUAUAUAUACAUAAAAAAUAUAUUAUUUAUAUAUGUUUUACACCUUGAACAAUUCGUAAAAUUUGUAUGCAACUAAUCAGUUACCUAACUAUACCUAACUAUUAAAUAUAUAUGGAAUGAUUUUUAUGCAACCCGGCAUUAUUGUUAUAAGAUGUUUGUUUAGUUAUUACAUUUUUUUCCUCCGUCUUAAAACAUUACCAUUUUAGAACGUAUAUAACUUAAUAUGUUAACGAAUUUGAUUGAAAUCCUCAAGUCAUAUUCAAUUUAAGAAGUCCAAAUGAUUGAUGUAUUAGAUGAUCGUGAUUGAUUGAUACAUUAUUUUGUUUAUACUGUUAUUGCUGCGUCAACCAAAACUAUCUAUAGGUUUGUUUUGUUUUCAUAUUGACAAUAUUUGUAUGAAUACAUUUUAAUUAGGAAAUUAAAAAAAAAAUGUAUUGAAUUGCAUACAAUAUAGGUAUGUAUCUAACUAACUCAUUAAAUUACCCGAUUUUCCGUAUAUUCAUUGGGUUAUUUUAAGAUACUUGACCCGAUUUUUUUUUUUUUUUUGUUUAUAUAAGGGCUGUACAUUUAUUAUUUUUUGUUAAAUUUUCAGUAUAAUAUAUUCUAUCAUUAUUAUUAAACGGUUCUCUAUUAUAUAUGCGCGUAAAUUAAAAAUUAUUCGUACGUCAAUAAAAAUACUGACUGAGAGUAAAACAUUUUAACAUUGACUUAAUAUCGCUUGAAGUGCUUCGGUAAUGUAAUCCACAUACAUACUACAGAAGAAAAUAUUAUGUGGAAAAUAUACGAGCCCAAUUCUAUAAACAAUGCACUUUGAGCUUGUGUUUGCUUGUCUCUGCGUUUCUCUAUAAUUGUACACUGAAUUUUUUUUAAUCAAUGCCCGUAGCGAACAAGAGGUCUCUCAACAAGAGCAUCUGACCUCAUUGUUAUAAACUCCCAUAUUAAACGUUAUGUUCUAUAUAUAUAUAUAUGUAUAAAUUGAACGGGCUUUUAUAAAAAAAGUUAUCUUUGCUAGAUAAGCUUUAUUAUAAAUCAGAUGUUUAGCACAUCUAUGAAUAGACGUUACUCUUUAAUUUUAUUCAUAUUUUACAUAUUUAUCUACAGCCUUAUUAUUGAGGUAGGGAUAAUUAAAAAAAAAAAAAGUAUUUUCACCUUUUAUUUUUUUGCCGUUAGUUGAUAUUAUUAUAUUUCUAUUUGAUGGUCCGUCAUCAUAUAUUUAAUUUUUCCUUUGAUAAAUGUAUUAUUUUAAUCAAUUUUAUAGUACGUUCAAACGUUUUUGUAAAAUUAGAUUAUAAUUUAUAAUAUAUUGAUUUUUUCAGUGAAUAUUUAUUAUUUUAUAGUGGAAUGCCUCAUCACACCACUAUAGAAUAGUAAAACCUCUGGGACUUACGGUCAUGGUAAAUCGUAAAUAUUAAUAUUUACAUUAUUUAUAGUAUACACUGUAUAUUUUGCUAGUUAUUUUAAUUUAAUUCAACCUUAAACUUUUUCUAAUCAUCAUUUUGAAUAAAUUAGACAUAUAAAUCCAAUUUGUUUAGUUAUAAUUUAUAUUAGAUAUACAUCAUUGCUAGGACUUAAAAAAAAUACAAAUAUAAUACUCCUGAUGAGUCAUUGUUGUAGGUAGGAAGUUGGAAGAUAUAAGAUAUAUUAAGUUAUUUCGUUUUCCUGUACGUAACGUUAAAUAAUUGCUCAGGAGAUAUGAUUCUGAGCGAAGUUCGGAAGUUCGGUUAAACAUGUAUUGAAAUCCCGUUAAUUUUACAGUUUUCGAUAAAAUUUGAACUGCAAAUGCUUAUAAAAAAAACUACAUUACGCUUUACUUUUUUUUUUAUUUACAUUAAAUGCAAUUUAUAAUGAACUUCAAUUUUAAAACUAUAAACCAAAUAAAAUCUUGUUGUAAAUAUUCCAAUUUCCAAUAUUUCCUACAGUUUUCUCAAAUUAUUAAAAUAACUACAAAGAAAAUCAAACUCGUAUGCACCAAGUAGAUGGUAUUUGCUUUCAAAAGAGAUAUACUUAAAAAUCAGAGCAAAAUACAAAAAAAAAAAAAUGACGCACAGAAUUGUAAAAACAAUAUAUUACACACUACUUACUGUCAAAAAUAAUAUUAAAUGUAUAGUUUUAAAAAUUGUCAAUAAUAAAAUGUAAGAACAGUUUAAACAUUUUUGGUUUAAUCUGAGAAGAAAUUCUGUUAUUUAAACAUAUUUAUCUCUGAAUUAAUUAAGCAUGUAAACAAUUUUAAUUUUAAUUAAAAUGUAACUGGUUUACAUGAUUUAAUUACGCGUAUCUAACUCAAUUCCAACCAGGUCUUGCGUAUAUGCGACAUCGUUGGAAAAUUAAUAACACAAACUUUUCUAUACCUACCUACUUAAUAAAAAGUAAAACAAAAUUAUUCGCAAAUAUUUGUUUGUGUAUUUUUAAUAAACGUGCAUAAUAUAUAAUAUACAUAUUAUAAAUAGGUAAUAUACAUUAGUAUUGAUACAAAAAAGUUGUAUGCGCAUAUUUUAUGCUACCUACAAAAAUUUGAUUAUUUAUCGUGGCAUGUGUUAAAUUACAAAGUAAGAGAAAAGGUUUGCAUAGAACCUAUUCGUGAGUAAUCUUGUGGUCGUGUAUUUGUUAUGGCUCUCAUGAGGAUAUAUGCGGCUGCCACAGCAGCAACGACGCGUUAAAAUUUAAUUAAGCCUAUUUUGCGGCGUAUUUCCAGGUUUAUAUUUGCUGCGUGAUCGACAUAAUAAAUUAAUCUUUAAUUGCAGAUUCAAUUGACUUCGCGAGCCGUGGAAAAAAUUUAAAUUUUCAUAUUUAACAACCACUUAUCUAUUCUGUAUUUUAAAUAGAUUAAAAAAAUAGUGAAUGAUAAUAUACAUUAAAUAUAUAUACUGUAAAUAUCAAGUUAUCUGUAUAACAAAAUAUGUACCUAGGAUCAAAAUUAGGGCUAAAAAAACAAACUUGUGCUGUUAAGUGGAAUUAAAACAAAUUUCGUGUUCUAACUUAACCUUUUAAGAGUAGGUACUGAUGUUGCUCAAUUUUCAAUUUUUUAAAAGGAUGAUUUCACAACUGUUUUUUUUUUUUUUUUCAUAAAAAUCUUCAGUUUUUUUAAAUACUAGCCCAUAAUAAAUAAAAUUUGUAUUUCAGUGCAAAUAAUGCAUAUGUAGGCAGAUACCUUAAGUUCUUAGUACUUACCCAUAAAAGUCCGAGUUGGACAACAAUACAGAUUUUCAAAUAUAAAUCCGUUCUCAAAUUAAACUUGUUAAAAUCUAUUAGGAAAAUAUUCCUAAUAAUUAAAUGUAAUAUAAAAAAAGAUCUGUUACUGGGGACAGGUGCGGCCACUGUUGGAGGUAGGUACUGGGGAAGGUGAGAUACAUGAAAUUAUUUAAUUUAUACCUGUAACCAAUUAUAAACCAUUUAUAGCGAAAAACUAUUCGGUUAUAUAAGUACUUGUUUUGAAAGACCGUAAUACAUACGAUUUUCGUCAAAAUUUUAUUUUAAAACUUAUAAAAAAGGAGCCUCCUGUUAAAUUUUCAAGCAUUUUUGUUUAGUCUAACAAUUUUAUCCGCACUUACCAAAUAAAAAUAAGAAAAAAUAAAAUGUCUAUAAAUAGCUCAAAAAUGACUUAAAUGUUUUAAAAAUUUUACGAUGUCUAGAAAAACAAAUAUAAGUUUUCUAUUAAAAUUUCAAUUCUAUGAAUAUUUUAAACUAAAUUAUAUUAAAAAACAAAAUUUAAAAUAAUAAAAGAAUUAUUUUCGCACAUUUUUCCGUACUUUCUACGCAUUUUUCGAUUUUGCUCAAUUAUUAAAAAAACUACAAAGAAAAUCAAAAAGCAACUGGUCACCAACUAGAUUAAAAAUUUAACAAAAAAGAUCUCUUAAUGUUUUUUUUAUUGGAGCAAUAUUUAUGAUAGAAGACAAUAUGAUACAAGACCUAUGCCGUACAAUUUUUAAAUAGAUAAUGGAAUCUUAAAAUGUAUGUAAUGUACUUAUUAUUUUUGCAGGAACUUCAGCAAGAAAUGGAAACAAAAAGUCAAUCUUUAAAUUCUCUUGAUACUAGUGGAAGAAAACUUCUCGGAAGUUUGUCAUCUCAAGAAGACGCGGUAAUGCUUCAAAGACGACUAGAAGAAAUGAAUCAGCGUUGGAACCAAUUAAAAAAUCGUUCUGUUACUAUAAGGUAUUUAUAAAAAAUACAAAUCGACAUCAGUACUAAUAUUUUUUAAUCACCAACCAUAACACCCCAUGCAAUAUGUUCAAUUUAACAACUAUAAAUAACUAGGAUACAUUUUAUAAUAUUAUAAUAUUUUGUAGUAGUAAAAUGUACCUAAUAAUAUAAUAUUCAACCUUUAAAUUUAGAACUGCAUGUAUGUCUUUUUAGGAAGGGGUAAUUGGAACCUAUCAUUUUACUUGUGUCCCAUGGGAUAUGUAUACCCUGUUAACUUUCAUUUAUAUUAUAUGAUUGUAAUUUAUAAUUCCCAAGAAGCUCAUAUAGCACCGAACCUGUGAUAUUGAAGCAAUCCCGUCGGACUAGGAUCAUAUUUAGUUCCCCCUUUUAAUACAUGGCACGUCAGGAAUAGUGUGACCUUUUGAAUGAUUUAUUUGCGUUAUGGGUACAAAGUUAAGCUCAUAAAAUGAUCAACAUUUGCAAUUGGUUUUUGUUAGGGAUUUUCAGUUAUUAAUAAAACUGAUCCUAAUUUUAAAAAAAAAAUAAUGUUUAUAUUACUUUUUUUUUUUAAAUUCAUCUUAUAUUCAUAACCGAUGUGUUAAAAUAUAAUUUGUAUGUACGCAAAUAUAUAAUUAAUAUUUUUUAUGAAAUGUAAUCAUACGUAAUUUGUUAUACUAUGGAUUUAUUAUUUAGAAAUCGAUUAGAAAAUAAUACAGAACAUUGGAAUACUCUUUUAUUAUCCUUGAGAGAACUAGUCGAAUGGGUAAUUAAAAAGGAUACAGAAAUUUCAAGUUUUGGUCCUUUAGGCAACGAUUUGACAACAUUACAAAAGCAACAAGUAUAACUUUAAUUAACAUUUUGUUUCAGAAUAAAGUACAAUAUAACUAAAUAUGAAAUAUGUUUUAGGAUGAUCAUAGAGGAUUUCGUAGGCAAUUGGAAGAAAAAAGACCAGUCAUUGAUUCUAAUCUGCGCAGUGGUCGCCAAUACAUAAACAAUGAAUCCCAAAUUGCAUCAUCUGUAAAAAAUGAAGGUAAAAAUAAAAUUACAAAAAUGAUUACCUAAAAAAUGUAAACAUAGUUAAAUUAACAUAUUUGUUUUAAAUAUAUUUAUAGUUAAUAAUUAUGUAGCGUGUAAUGUUUAAUAAAAAUAAAUAAAAUCAUUGAGGGUUUACUUGCUUUUGAGAAUUAUAAAGAUUUACAAUUUAUCAUUUAUUUCAAGGAGUUAAUAUACAAAACUUAGGUCUAUCUCCUUUAUGGUUAAGCUUUUAUAUGUAUUAUUGUAUUUUAUUAUUUAGGUAACAACAAUAUUACUUAAUAAUUAUUUUCUAAUAUUUUUUUAAAAUUAUUAAUUUUUUUUUGUAUUAUGUAUCUAUUAUAAAUUAUUCUCUAUAUUAUAAUGCAUGUCCUUGAAUACUCAUUUUGAUGGGUGAUCUACUAAGUCGAAAUGCUGACAUUUUUUGGUAAAUUCUUAUGUCCACCUCAGUUAUUCACCCCUCCUUUAAAAUUUAUUAAAAUUAACUCAUCAAGUUUUUCUGGAUAACAGACAAUAUCGAAAUACUUUUAUAUUUAUGGAUUUUGCUAAAGAAUUAAUAUGUUAUUGCCAAAAGAAAAAAUUAAUAAUUUUAAUAUAGAUUUCAUAAAAUAAGUUGGUAUAAUUAGUUUGUUCAUAAACAAAAAUAUUACUUAUAUUAAUUAUUUAAUCAAAAUGUAUCAAUAAAAUUAAUAUUAAUUGGUUAUAAACAUGAUUUGAGAUAAUCCUAAUUUGUAGUCAUAAAUAACUUAAUUAUCAAUUUAAAUUACCCUGAGAAAUUUAUAAUAAACCAAAGAAAAUAUCAAUCGUUUAUAAGUUAUUUAGGGUAAACAAAUUUACUUAAAUUUGUUUAAAUUUCUAAAAUUUAGGGGCCUGUGCGAAACUUGUGUUUUGAUCAAAAACAUGCCUUACAGGAAAAACUCUUAUGUCUCGUAGAAUGAUCAGAUUUCGAUCAAUAACUUUUUUUUCUUAGAAAAAAAGACUUCUUACAGGAAGCAUUUGACUUCAAUUUCAAUAAUUAUAUUUAUAAAUGCUACAAUAAGAGUUUAAAUUUUACAAAUUUUUACAAGGUUAUAAAUUGUGUAAUAUUUUUGUUUAUAGCAAUGUAAUAAAAAAACGAAGUCCAAUGCGUCCCGUGAAAAAUUGUACACUUUCUAACAAAAUUAUUGAUCGAUUUUAUAUUUUAUAUGAUCGAAUUAAUAAUCGAAUAAAUCUCUGAGAGUUUUUCCUAUAAACCGUAUUUUGAGCAAAAAAUCAGGCUUGUAAUUUUUCCACCUGACUGUACCUUUCACUUGUUCGUGCGCGUGCGUAAAUAGUCCCUCAACCAGCGCCGCGUUACUGUUAUCGCACACCGCGCCGUUCUAGCGAUCUAUAAUGAUUAAUUAUUUAUUAUUAUUAUUAUUAUUAAUUAUUAAUAAUAAUCUACGUGUUAUAAUACUAAUAAAGUAAUAAAAUAAAUAGAAUGCAACAUUCAUUUCCAGAUUUCCAUUUUUCUAUAUUAUGAUUACACGUACUGUUUUUAGAUUAGGAGCGUAGCGAGGGAUCUAAUUUUUUUUUCUGUCUGUGAAAUACUUUUUUACCAGCAAACACACUCUGAAAUAUAGAUUAUAGCACCUUUUCUGAAAAGUAAUUUGCUCUAAUUAGUGCAUUGGAGAGGUCAUUUAGAAAAUUAUAGAUAAAAACGGCAAACAUUUCGGAGCAACGUGACGUUACUGGUUUCAUUGUGUUACACUAAAGUUUUCUACCAGAAAUAUUACUUCAAUCGAAAAAUAACAUGUGAUCGAUUUUUGUUUUUAUUUCUUAUUAAAAGUAGAACGAAAUUCGAUUAUGCAUGUUUUGAUAGCCCGAAAUAUUUAUAUAAAGGUCAAAAUUUGAUUUUAAAAUUCACAUAUUCAAAAAAAAUAGAAUCUCCUAUCAAAUUCUCAAGCAUUUCUAUUGUCCAACAAUUUAUCUCAGAGUACCUACCUAAUAAACUUUACCUUAAAAUUUAGCUAAAUUAAAAUAUCUAUAAAUAGCUCUACAAUUGCUCAAAUUUUCUGAAAAUUACAACACAUCUAGAAAUAUAAAUAUAAAUUUUCUGUUAACAUUUCAAGUCUACGAAUAUUUUAAAUUGAAUAACAUUAAAAACACUGAAUUUUCGUAAAUUUUUCCGUUUUAUCUACGGUUUUUUUUUUUUUUUUUGAUUAUGCUUAAUUAUUUUUAAAACUAUAGAGAAAAAUGAAAAAAACGAAUAACUUACUCAUAAAUAAGAUUAAAAAUGCAAUAGAAAAGGUUUCUUUUCGUAUAUUAGAGCAAUAUUUAUGGUAGAAAACAUAAGCCUUACAAAUUUUAUAUAACAAAAUCAUGCCGCAAGUUGAAAAAAAUCGUAUAUUUCGUCUUUUUGGAUUUUUCGAAUAAUUAUUAAAAAUACUUUAGAUAUCAAAAAACGACUUACUCUGUCAGUAGCGAAAUAUCAAAAGAAAAAAAAUUGAUCUCUGGUUAUUUUUGCAUUAGAGCAAUUUUUCUGAUAGAAAACAUCGUGUUAACAUAAUAGAAACAAUGAACGGUAACGGCGCGUCUUAAACAUUUGCCGUUUUACCUAUAGUUUUCUUUCGGUCUUCGGAUUUUUCACAAUUAUUUCAAAAAAACCCUUAAAAAAUCUAAUAAUGACCUCUCUAAUGUACCAAUGAAAGAAAAUUACCUUUCAGUAAAGGUGCUAUAGAUUAUACAUCGGAGCAAGUUUUUUUGGUAGAAAAGUUUUUGACACACAAAAAAUAUAUACACACAUCAUAAAUCCGAAUCUAAAAAAAAUUAAAUAAUCUUACCUACCAAAAAUAUAAAUAAAUAAUGAGUGAAAACAGGUAAAAUAAUUUAUUUUAAAAUUAAUUGGUGCAUUUUAUGUUAUUAUUUUGGAUUGCACUAUUUCAGUUAGUGAAUCAUUGUUGUAAAAAUGUAUCAACUGAUUUUUCAUUUUAGCAAUCCAAAAGUCGUCAUCUCGUUCAAGGGAUGAACGGAUAACUUUAAUAAUAUUAUAUUAUAAUCUCACUAUAAAUAAAUUUGCAAUAACAAUGAGGCACGCGGCGAUAGGUCUACGGCGGGAAAGGCAGCAGUGAAUUUUAAUCAAUUUUCUGCAGAAAUAAACAGUAAACCUGUUUUACAUUGACGAGGCAGGUGGUGGAAUCGCUUUGGCUGUACACCCAUAGAAGCAUACCCAUACUAUAUAAUAAUCGCUCGUUUACUAACACUAAGAUCUCGGCCACCGUCGACAUGAAUGGAAAUUAUAUAAAUUUUACUCCUUAAUUAAUAGCUACGUACAGGGUAAUUUUUAGGGGCGCAGGCCACUUAAAAUUAAAAAUAAUUCAUAAUCUAUUUUUGCCUAUGUAUAUGAAAUAAUUAAUCACAGAAUAAUAUGAAAUAGUUCCCUAUUUACCUACAAUUCAUUUAAAAUCAUUUAAAAUUUCUCAAGUAUCUACUAUUUUUGUUGAAUAUAAAAAACACAUGAUAAUUAUUAAAUACUUAUACAAUUUACUGCAUUGUCAACAUAUCAUAUUUAAGUACCCAAAUUCAAAUGUAUACAUAUUAAUAUAUGUAUAUACAGUAAAACUGUUAAAAACAGAUAUCGAAUUUAAAAGAGAACAGAAAAUAGUUUAACUUAUCAAAACAAUUCGAGAUAUUGAGUAUUAUUAAAACUUUUUUAAAAAAAAGAGCUGAUACUGAGGAUGGGACCGGCCACUGUUAUAUGUGAAAAGUUGGGUAGGUUGAAUACACAAGGUUAUUCCAUUUAUAUCAGUAAACAACGAUAAACCAUUGCUUGACAAAAGACAAUUCCGAGCGCAGUUUGGUAAUAUAUAAUUUAAAAUGCCGUAAUUUUGUUUUCGAUUUUUAUUUAAAUCUGAUUUUAAAAACGCUUAUUAAAAAAGAAAAAGAGUCCGAUGAUUUUGGACAUUUUACCACGUCCAACUUAGUCCAAUAUACAUAUUAUUACCUAGUUUCAAGUGUUUACGUGUAUUUAUAACCAAAUUACAGCAAAACAACAACCAAAAAUUAAAAUUCCUUAAAAGCUCAAAAGUUUUGGCGAAUAUACAGUCAGAAAGUAACUCAAAAAGGCAAUAAAAAAGUGUCUUUGGUUUUUCGAUUUAAUCAUUUUUUUCUGGUAGAAAACGUCGUUCGUGUUUUUAUAAAAUAAUGAAAUCGUGAAAUUAUACGUUUUCCUAAGUUCUUUACCACUUAAGUGCUUUUAUUUAAAAAAUAGCGUCCAAAAUCAAAAAAAUUACUUAUUUAAAAUACUAUCUAGACAACUUGAGCUUUCAGAAAAGUUGCUACAUGAAAAAACUGAGCUAGUUUACUAGGAAAAAACGUGUCCACAGAUUAGAACUCAGAACAAAGAAAGAAAAAAAGAAAUAAAGAGCAUUGUAAAACCAAUAGCUCCCUCGCUAUUCUUGGAAUCUAAAAAAGGAUGGACAUAUUUCGCACGUGGGGGCAGCCACUGUUGUAGGUGGGCAGUUGGGAAGUUAGGAUACAGACGGGAAUUUAAUGUACAGGCUGUCCCCACGAAGAUAUCCCUUUGAAUAUCUCCGGAGAUAAUAAAGAUAACCAAAUUCUAUUUUAGAUUCCGAGCAAAGCGAGGGAAUUAUUGAUUUUAUAAUAUUGUUUAUUUUUUUUUUUUUUUAGUCUGCAGACACGUUUUUUCCUAGUAAACUUGCUCUGAUGUAUAAGUGUAGCACCUUUUCUGAAAGCUCAAGUUGUCUAGAUUAGUAAUUAUUAUUAUAUUGGACUUAACUAAACGUAAUAAAAUUUCCAAAAUUAUGUAUUACCAAACUGCGCUCGGAAUCGUCUUUCAUCAAGCAAUGGUUUAUCAUUGCUUACAGAUAUAAAUAAAAUAACAUUAUGUAUCCUACCUUCUCAAAUUCUCACCUACAACAGUGGCCGCUCCCAUCCCCAGUAUCGGCUAUUUUUUUUUAAAUUACUCACAGGAAAGAGGACUAUAAAUAUUUAUAUUUGAAUUAACUUUUUUUUUUAUUAAAAAAAUAACUUUAAUUAUUUUCGGAAAGUUUUAAUGCAUGACACAUUUAUAUCCGGGGAAUAGUUUCUAACAGCCAUUUAAUUAUGUUAUCUUGGGAAUGACCUAAACGAGUUAGGCGAUAACAUUUGUUUUCAUAUGGAUUAGUAGAAUUUAAACUGGCUGUGAAAAUAUUCAUUAGAUAUAAAUGGGAUAAAUGAGUAAGUUAAAAAAAAAAAACAGAACUUUAUUAUCUUUAUUAUCAACGGAUUUAUUUAAGGGGUAUGUCUUCGUGAGACAACCUGUAUAUCUGUAAGCAACGAUAAACUAUUGCUAAUGAAAAAACUAUUCUGUGCGGAGUUCAAUUGAUAAUGUUGCUUUGUCAACAAUAUAUAUGUCAAAUUAUGAUGAAAUGAUUACAACAAUGUGUGUUUCCAUGAAAACAAUUAUUGUUUAAAAAAGAUUAAAAUAAUAAAAACAUAUUUUUUUUAUAAGCUGAAAUCAUCAAAACUAUUAAUAUUAAUACAAAAAUAAUUACAGUCAUAUUAACCGGUAUAAUGGGAAUUUCGUUUGCCAAAUUCACUAUUACAAAAAAUUGUAGUAUUGUAACUUUUAAAAAUUCUAAACAUGUUAUUUUGAAUUUUGAUGAUAGUUAAUAUUAUAAAACUAAUACAAAAAUGGCUAAAAAAAAAUGUUUUACACAUUUAAAAAAAAGAACAGCUCUGUUAAAGAAGAUUUUUAUUGAAAUGUAUAAUUUUUAAUUACAAUUAAAUAUUAUAGUUUUAAUGGAUUUUAAUAUUUGCAUGAUUGUUUCUAAUUUUGUGAAAAAGGAUUAAUUUUACAAAAAUUUGAAUUAAUUUUCUUUCACAUUCUGAGCAAGGAAUCUAUUGUAUGUUUUAUAAUGAUAUUUAUUUUUUUUUGUGAACAACUUGCCUACUACCAGAAAUUUUGUUUAAAUUUUCAAGUGAAGCACUUUUUCUAAAAAAAAAUUUUACUGGGGUGGUACUUAGGAGGUCAUUUUUUGAUUUUACUAGGAGUUUUCAUGAUUAAUAAGAAAAUUUACGAAAUGUAUCAUUUUCAAAUCUUAAAUAUUACAGUCUUUCAAAACAUGUACUACCUAACUCCAUUCAGAUUUGUUUUUUUCGUUAGCAAAGAUUAAUAGCUGCAUACAUUAAAUACAUUUAUACAUUAAAUUCCCCUCUAUAUCCUACUUUCCCAAUUUCUCAUCCACAACAAUGGCCCACCUAUCGUCCAAAGUUUAUCCAUAUCCUGAGAACACUAUAAGAUGCAUUAUAAUAAUCAUUUACAGUUAUUUUAACAAUAACUGUUUUAUAGCAUUUUUAAUAAAAUUAAAAUAUUGACAUACUUUGCAAGAUGGAUGGGCUACUGUUGUAAGUGGGAAGUUGGGAAGGUAGGAUUUAAAGGGUAAUUUAGUGUGUAUUGUACAUGUAUAUAUAUUGUUCAGCAUAAAAUAUAUUAAAAUUUAGUUUGAUUGGAAGUAUAUGCUCUUUUUUUUUAUUUGAACAAAUAAUACUAUUUUUAAAUUAUAAAUAAUAAAUAAUAGUUUAUGUGUUUUUAGAAAUUAACAAUACUGGAGAUUCUAGAGGAUAUCGUAGUGCUGAAGAACAAGCUCGUGAUUUAACAAUAAGUUUAAAACGUGAAGUUACCCGUGUAUCUGAACAGUGGAAUUCUUUACUCCAGCGUUCUGAUCAGUGGCAAAAGAACUUGGAUGACUCUAUUAAAGUAUUGACAUUUUAUAUAUAAUUUGUUUUUUUUACAUACCUAGUUUACAUAUUAUCAUAAUUUUAUUAAAUUAUAUAUAUAUGAUAUGUAUAUGCUAUUUAAUUUUAUAUUAUAUCUGUUAACUAUAUUUUUAUGUCGCUAUUAAUUCAAAUUAAAAAAUAAUCAAUUGAAAUGUUUAAAAACAAUAAAAAUAGAUUAAAUACCUAUGCACUUAUAUAUUAAAGUACACAAUCCUCAGAACUCGGUAAUAAACUAUUUUUAUACAAUAGCCAUGUGUUGCAGAAAAAUAGUGUAACAGCCAAAUCCAAUAGUCAAUCGUUUUAUUUUGUUCUUUUUAUAAAAUGAGCCAAAAAGUAGUAUAAGAUUUAUUCUAAUAAUUUUAUUCUUAUAACUUUUAGAAAAUGCAGAUGUUCCAGAAAGGUUUAGAGGAUUGUGUUUCAAAAUUAGCUGGUGUUGAGGCCAUGUAUAAAUCAUGGCCGGUUUCAAAUGUUGGUGACACCACAAUGGGCCUUCAAGAGCUAAGGGUAUGUUCAAAAUACCUUUAAAAUAUAUUAUUUAUAAAUUAAUUAAUUACUUUAUUUAUUAAAAUAGCAAUUUGGAGACCGAUUGAAUCCUGUACAACGAUUAUUAGAAGAAGUAAAUGAUCAAGCUAGCAUACUUGCAUCAAACAACAUUGCAAUAUCUGUAUCUAAUAAAAAUAUACUACAAGAUAUAAAUAACAGGUGAUUUAAUUUAAUUUUAGUAAUAUAUGUUGACUAUAGUAUUGUAAACUAAUUCAUUUUUUUAUUGUUUUUAUAGGUGGAAAAUGUUACAGUUAGCUAUGGAUGAUCGGUAUAAACAAAUUCGUGAUACUGGUAAAAAUAUGAUCAACAACAGUAAUGGAACUUCUCCUGCUAGUCAUAGUGAGGCAUCUACGUCUUUAAUGUUAAGUGGUUCAGUAGAAGCUCCAUGGAAACGUGAAAUUACACCAAACAAGGUGCCAUAUUAUGUUAAGUGAGUUUUUUUAUCAAAAUUGAUUUCAAUUAUGUAUUAAUUUUUAUACAAUGUAGUCAUCAGUGUGAAUCAACAAAUUGGGAUCAUCCAAAAAUGAUCGAACUAAUGUCUUCACUAUCAGAAUUUAAUGAAGUAAGAUUCUCUGCUUAUAGAACUGCAAUGAAAUUAAGAACAGUUCAAAAACGCAUGUCUCGUGAGUGUUAUUUGCUUAUACAAGAGUACAAAAAUAAAAUAUUUUAUAUAAUUUCCAUUAUAGUUGAUUUGUUAACUCUGGAAGCUGCAUUAGAAUCUUUUGAUAACCAUGGUCUACGUGCUCAAAAUGACAAAUUAAUUACUGUAUCCGAAAUGUUAACUAUUCUAGGAUCUAUUUUUGAUACACUAGCAUCACAGCAUCCAUCUUUAGUACAUGUUCCACUUUGUCUUGAUUUAUCUCUUAACUGGUUAUUAAAUGUUUAUGACAGGUAUAAGAUAUUCUUAUGAAUUUUAAAUAUCGAUCUAAACAAUUCUAUAUAAUUAUUCAAUUUUUAGCCAACGAACAGGUCAAAUUCGUGUUUUGUCAUUUAAAGUUGGUCUGGUAUUGUUAUGUAAAGGACAUUUAGAAGAAAAGUACCGUUACUUGUUCAGACUGAUUGCUGAUCCUAACAGACAGGUAGAUCAACGCAAAUUAGGACUUUUACUACAUGAUUGUAUUCAAUUACCACGCCAGUUAGGUGAAGUAGCAUCUUUUGGUGGUUCUAAUAUUGAACCAUCUGUACGGAGUUGUUUUCAAAAGGCUGGUAAAGAUAAAUCUGUUAUUGAAGUGAGUAAAUUGAAUAUUCAUUUGCAAUUCAACAAUAAUAUUAAUUGAAUGUUUAUAAUACAUUUUUUUUAAGGCUAUGCAUUUCUUAGUAUGGCUACAGCAAGAACCACAGAGUAUGGUAUGGUUAGCUGUACUACAUAGGCUAUCUGAAGCUGAAUCUGCAAAACAUCAAGCUAAGUGCAAUAUAUGCAAAGCCUAUCCUAUAAUCGGUUUCAGGUAUCGGUGCUUAAAAUGUUUCAAUUUUGAUAUGUGCCAAUCGUGUUUCUUUUCUGGCCGUAAAGCAAAACAUCAUAAACUCACUCACCCAAUGCAAGAAUAUUGUACAACAACUACAUCAGGCGAAGAUGUUCGUGAUUUCACUCGUGCUCUACGGAACAAAUUUAAAUCUAAGCGUUAUUUUAAAAAGCACCCACGUGUUGGAUAUUUACCUGUUCAGUCAGUAUUAGAAGGCGAUGCUCUAGAAAGUCCAUCUCCAUCACCACAACAUUCCAAUACUGCUUCUACUAUACCUGAUGUUCACAAUCGUUUAGAAAUGUAUGCUUCACGUUUAGCUGAAGUUGAGUAUAGGGCACGUAGUAAUUCUACACCAGAUUCGUAAGUUAUAAGUAUAAUAUUUUACACUAUCGUUAUAUUUAAUAAUUUCUUUUUUUUUGUUUAGUGAAGAUGAGCAUCAAUUAAUUGCCCAGUAUUGCCAGUCAUUGAAUGGUGGAUCUGAAACAUUACCAUCUGUACCUCGGAGUCCAGUUCAAAUAAUGGUUGCAAUUGAUGCAGAUCAACGACUUGAACUAGAAGCAAUGAUUAAGUAAGUUUUAAAAUGAAAAAUAUAUAUAUUUAUUAUUCAUAUUACUAUAUUUGUUAAUGUAAAUUUUUAGAGAAUUAGAAGACGAAAAUACACACUUACAAGAAGAAUAUGAAAAAUUAAAAACGGGUUCUGGUACAAAAGGGUCGCAUAAUAUUGUACCUAAUACUAAUGGUGAGGUUGAUAUGGUUUCUGAAGCUAGAAUGCUACGUCAGCAUAAAGGUCGCUUAGAAGCACGAAUGCAAAUAUUGGAAGAUCAUAACAGACAGUUAGAAGCUCAAUUACAAAGACUUAGACAAUUAUUAGAAGAAGUAAGUCCUUUCAAAUAUUGUAUGUCCUCAUUACCACCUGUUAUUAAACCUAAUUAAAAAAUGCGAGUACAUUACCAAUGUUUUUUACAUUGUCAUUGUAUCUUACAAAAUACUGUUCAUGGUAGAUCACCGUUAUGGAGGAAGUUAAGGCAGUAGGAUUUAUAUGUUUUAAAGUAUUUUCUAUUUAUAUCUGUAUGCAAAAAAUAUAUUAUUACUAAUGAAAAAUGAUUUUGAACAAAAUUCAGAGUUCAUAAGUAUAUUAAUUAUGGUUUUUUUAUAAUUAUUUUUAAUUCAUAUAAUGAUAAAAAUCAACAAUUUUAAAAUAUGAUUAAAAUCAGUGUAAUCAUUGAUUUUUUUUUACACUUUGUUCAAUUUAUGAUAGUUGUAAUGUUAAAUUUGUUGAGUAUUUUUUAGGGAAUAACACAAUUUUAUCCACAUAACACCAAAUUAAAAUUGAAAUAAAUUUCAAAUAUCCACAAGUAGCUCAAAAACAUAUAUUUUCCUGUUUUUUUCCAUUUAUUAAUAAAACUACACAGAACAUCAAAAAGUGAUCUCCCCAUAUGCACCAACUAGAUUCCUUGCAGAAUCUAAAAUUGAUGUUUUUCUUAUAAAUUUUAGCCAGCAACAUUCCAAACGAGAUCAGUAACAGCAUCUCAGUUAGCUUGUGAUUCCCCUUUGCAAAAUAAUUCUGAUAAAUCAGGUGAAUAUAAAUUGAUAGCUGGAAAUAUAGCUAUGUUCUAUGUUUUUCUAAUAAAAGUGUUGUUGUUUUUCUUAGGAAAUUGGUCAGAAAAUAACAGUCGCAAUACUUUGGAACGACCACCUCCUCCACCAAUAUCAGUAUCUCAUCAUGCUGUUGGUAAUCUGCAUCAUAUGGCAGGUAAAAUGCAAUCAAAGUAAUAUGAUUCUACUGUCUAAACAUUUAUUCAUUGUUCUUAUAUUUUACUUUAUGCUUUGUGUUUAUUGUUUAUUAUUUAUAAUUUUGUAUUAUUAUUCUAUUAGCUGUUCACGGAAACAGUAAAAUUUAGGUUUGUAUAUCUUCAACUAGUAUUAUAAUCUUCUGUAAAUUUAGAACAUUUAGAAAAUUUAAAACACAUAAUUAUAUUUUUAAAAUAACACUAUUUAUUUAUUAUUUUAUAGGUGAUCUAGGUAAAGUUGUUACUGAACUUGUAACAGCUAUGACUACUGAUGAACAUAAAAAGUAAAUAACCCUGUAGGACAAUGUAACAAUAGUACAUUUAUUUUAGUAUUAUUAUUGUUUAAAAAUUUAUAUUAAUAAUAUGUACUUAUUUACAUACCAAAACUUAAGUAUUUUAAGCAUUUAGAAAAAAAAAAAAUUAGUACAUAAUUUAAAUUACUAAUUAAUUAUUAUUUUAUUGUUUGUUGAAAUUACUUUAAAAUAAAACAUAAAUAAUUUGUAAUGCAAUUUGAAAUAACAUAUUAACAAUACUUGUUUUUAUGCAGACAAUUAAAUUUGAUAGAUAAAAUUAUUUUUCAUCAAAAUUAUUAUUUAUAUUCUAUACUUUAGUUAUUUUUUGUACCUUAAUAAAAAGUUUUUAGCCAUUCCACAGUACAAAAUAAAUAUUUAAAAAUCAUGGUAUUCUUGUCCUCCUCUGCAGUUUACCACAUGUUUUUAUAUUUAUUUAAAAUAUGUAGAAAAAAUGAAAACAAUUGUUCAAUAAUAUAUACAUGCAUAAAUCACAUGCCAUUAUCUAAUUAUCUAAAAAUUCUAAAUACAAUUUUUUUUUUUUUUUGUGUUAUUAACAUUAUUAAAAAGUAAUCACGGAUUUGAUUAUGAUAAUGUUUAUUUGUCAACUCAAUGAGAAUGGCUCUCUAUAGACGUGUGGUGGAUGACAAGUAUAAGGUAGAUCACAUAUGAUAAGAAUACCAAAGAAAUUUCAAUCUAGUUUUAUACCAACAAAAAAUACAAAUAACUUGAAAUUCAAAAGAUUAAUUUUAUUAUUUAAAUUAAAUUGUUCAAAGUUGAUUUGAUUAUACUGAACUUAAUAUUCACAUGCAUUAAUUUUUACUGUGCCAUUGCUAAUUCUUUUUGCAAAAAUUUGAUCAUAUUUAUCCUUUUAAUUAAUGCAUUUUAUUUUCCUAUUCUAACCUUACAUUUAAUUUUAGUUUUAUUAUUGAUAAACAUAAUUUAAGUAUAUUUUUAGUUAUAAAAUUAUAAAAUAAGAAAUUAUCUAUGCAGGGUAAUUAUUUUAUCAUUAAACACUCAUUAUUUAGCAAAGUAUUAACUUUAAAAAAAAAAAAUAAUUGUUUUGACAAUUUAAGAAGUAAGCAGCUCUAAAAUGUUACGUUUUCAUUAUUUAUUGUCAUCCAAUUGUUGGAGGUGAAAUGACUACUCACUAUUGAUUUUCAAAUGAUAACCUACACUAAAAGUUCCAUAAAUAGUAUUAUUUCAACAUCUAAAUUUAUUUAAAUAUCUAUUUAAGGUACUUUUAAUAUAAGUUACCAUAUAGUUAGGUAGUAGUUUCACCCCCUAAAAUAAGGAUAAAAAAAAAAUUUGGAUCUGCUUAUUUAAAUUUUCAAAAAACAUUUUUUAAAAAUAUUCAAUAUUUUGCAAAUUAUGAAUGUUCAAUGAUAAAAGAAUCACCUUGCAUAUCAUUAAUGUGAUGAACAAUUUCAUACUUUAGGGUCAGACUAUUUAAUAGUGCAAUUCCAUCUUAGCCCAACCCAACUGCCUUAACAUAUCAAAAGUAAUAUCUUAAACAUAUUUGGUUUUUUAUUGCGUAUAACUAGAACUCGCAUUUUUUAUUGAAAAUAAUAUUUGAAUAAGGACAAUCACAAUUUUGUACGAUUUUCCAUACAUGUAUGUAGAUAGUUAUAAGUGUUAUAUUAUAAUAAUAUUAUUUAUGGUAUACAAUUGUGUAAUUGUAAGUUUUUUUCUUUCUUCGAUUUUAAUUUUUGUUAUUUUAUUCAAUGAUUUAAUGUAUACAAUUUAUGUUUGGUUUAAUAAUUAUUUGAAUAAGAAGUUAAUACUUAAUAUCAUUAUUAUAUAGAUGUUAUAACGUGAUUAUUAUUAUUUUUUUAAUAGGGAACAUAUAGCAAUAACAAACAAAACAAAAUAUACUAAUUUAAAAAAAUAUAUAUGUAUUUGGAUUUUUUUAUUAUUACACUACCU